GAGGUAAAGUUCUUAACCUGAGGUACUAUUUCUGGGUUAGCAGAGUCUGUAACUUAGGUACCACUAUAUAUGGAAUGUCCUCUAGAUAAGUAGGGCUGGUGGAAGAGGAAUAAUUCUCUCUAUCCUACUUCAGGAAAACUGCCUGAUUUGUAUGUUGGCCUUGGAGGGAGACUGGCAUGGAAAUACUGUGGGCAAAGAAAAGGGGGGUGUUUUGCUGCUUUUUCUCUGGCAGCCUGCUUUGCGUUUCCGCACUGGCAGAGGAGAAACAAAGUUUCCUCAGCUGCCGGCACAGAAACCAAGCCUGCUGCUGCUGCAGGAGGAGGGGCAGAGCGAUCUGUUCCUUUGCUGCAGCCAAGCACAAAAACUGGGCUAGCGAAUGAGGGGGAAAAUGACCCACCCCUCCAAGCCAUGCUUGGGAGAAGACAUUUUAAUUCUCAGCUAUACUUUUCACAGCCUCUAGAGGGAGCCUCAACUUCAACCUCAUAGGACAAAAAGGACUAGAAAUAGAGACGUACUGAGAUUCGUAAGUUUUUUGAAAAUAUAUAUAUAAAAAGGUACCAAAUGAGGGCAUAAAAGAUGGUUACUUUUAAUGUAAAUAACAUUUGACGUGGCACGUCCUUUGUAGAAAGAAAGGAAAAGAAUAUGUAACCAUUUGCCCCACCGUAAUUAAUAGGGCUUACUCCAUAGUGUGUUUUAAGAUUUCAGGCUUAGUAUUUUAUUUUAUUUUUUAAAAUUGGCCUUCUAUCCUAUACUUGGAGUCUCCACAACACCCUCCCAAGGGACCCAAGCUGCAACUUCUGCUGUGAAACUUUGGUUCCUACUUGGAAGAGUCUACAUGGCAAUAUUUAAUGGGAAAGACUACAAUUGUCUUGAUUACAGUUUCCUUAUUAAUUAGUACAGUAUCCGCUACUACUAAUCUAACGGCAGGAUUCAAUAGCUAUUUUAUUCGGCCUUCGCCCCGAAUUGUUGCCUCUACUUGUGAGAGCCCUGAGGUACCAUAACAAGAUGGCGGCUGUGUUGCUUCAUGCUCUGCAUCUUCGCUAAUCCCCUUGCCUGCAUUUCUUUGCUCUCUUGAUGUGGCUGACAUGAUUCUCUAUUGUUUACUGGGUAGGCCAGACUUUAAAUCAGACAAAAGUUUCAACACUUUCCUUCUGGCAUUAGAGUCUGGGGUCCUGCGACAGCUAUCCUCUUGUGUCACGUGGCCCAGCUCCAAAACGGUUGAAGGCAACUUUAAAAACUUAGGCCAGUUCACGUAUUUCUCCAUGUUGCCAGUGCAGCACCAUGCAAGCAACAGUGUGCCCACCAGUGCCUACAAAAAGGUCUCACUAAAUAGCCCCUUGGUCACUCACAACAUAUGAGAGACUGUUUGCUUUUUCUGCUCAGUUCCUGUUUGCGUGGUUCAACAUUGAACAUGGCCCCGUAAACAGGCCCACAUUUCAAUGGAUGCCAGAAUUCAGCACCCACCAUCCUGUCUUGUUUGGAAUGAGGAGAGGUUCUCUGCGACUCUGGCUGGCUGGCUGGGGAUGCUUGCACAGUUUUGUGGCCCUCUCUCUCUUUCCACUCUUAUGUGGCAGCCGCUUGGUGUUAUUCCACAUCCCCACAGCAGCCAUUUUAUGUUAUAGCAUAUCCUUGCACCAGUCCAUUUGGGACUGGUGUCCUCAAAAUCCCUAAUGCGCCCAUUGCCCAGAAAGGUUGGUGACCCCCUGGAUAUUGUAAACCAAUUACUUUAUACUUUCCAAAUGAAUGUAUUAGGAUGUGCCACUUGAAAUUGGUUACCUGGUUUCUGGAAGGCCGCAUUUUAAUACCCAUAGACUGAUUUAAAGCCACCUUUUACUUAUAGAGGAAACAGGCAUGAGAAGCAAAGCAAUACUCCAAAAUAAGCAGAGUUGCAAUGGUACUGAUACCUGUUGGAUAUUUCAUAUAUAUAUAAUGUGUUAAUUCCUCAUCCUUUUUUGUUUUUUGUUUAGCCUAAGACAUUGCAAGGCUCACACCAUCCCAUGACAGUUGGCAACUAACUGCAGAGAUUAUAAAAACCAGACAAAAAGUAAGUUAUUUGUUGGCAUAUGAAAAAGCUGUUGCCCCACGGCAAUGACAGCACAUGCUUUGGCUGAGUUAUUUUUUCCAUUGAUCUAUGCAUAUGUGAUGAACAUCUGUUUGCUCCUCUCAUUUCUCUCUCCCAGGUCUUCUGUCUUCUCCUUUCUCUCUCUCUCUCUCAGGUCUUCUGUCCUGUUUCUUUUGGUUUAUGAAAAGUGCUGGUCUUAAGAAGACCUGACUUUUGUGGUUUAAAUAACAGUAAAGAAUAGAAAUGAAUACUGAUGAAUGUCAGGAUAGGUUAAUAUUUUCAGACGAUACCACUCUCUAUGCUGGAGGAAGAGAAUAAAAAUGAAAGUGUGAGCAGAUCAUUGGUUCAUUUCUAAAAUUAGUGAUGUUGGAGCAAUUUGAGAAGCUGCAACCUCUGAGCUACAUGUGCCUCUCCCAAGCCUGAGGAAAUGUUGUGAUAUUUUUGCUCCCAGCAUGGCUCUUGUGCCUACAUGGGUGGCAUAGCUUCAGCAGGUAGAUUUAUCUCUUUGCUUUCAACUAUAUAUUUUGAGAAUUGGUUUGUCUGCCCAUCUGUACUCUAUGAGUUUAGACGCCUAUUGGAAUAUCAUCACCAAACUCAGCACGAUGGUUCCUGAGGUAGGGGCAGUAAUCUUCAAUGGCAUUUUGACACAGGCUGUCAUUUCAAAUCAAGAUGGUGGAUCAAAACAUGACUUUGAUGUGACAGAUCCAAACUCACAAACUGCAUUAUCCAUUUAAAAAUCACAAUAUUUGUUGGUUUCUACAAAUUCCCAGCCAGCACUGGGCACUCGCCGCUAGUAUCUCUAGGACAAGAAAACUUUCACCUACCUAAUUUCUCUUCUCAGGGAAAACUGCUCAAUUUGUGUUUGUUGUGCUCAGGGGCCCAGCCAGGAAAAGGUGGCAACUCUCACCAGAGGACACAUACCCUUUAUGACUUCCUUUCUUCAUUCAACUUCUGCCAAACACAAUACAAAGUCCAAGUUUUGUAGACUGGAGAUAAGACUGCUUCAUUUGUUUGUCAUCUCUUUCUUUAUGGCUGCUGCACCUUUAAUGGCAGCCAGGCGCACAGAAACAUAGCAGAUGGCACCUCUACAUUUCUGUUUGUUAGACCUGCUGUUGAACCCCAAGGAGCAGAGAGGGUGCCAAAGAUGACAGCCCUAACCCUGUGUUGUGGGGGGGGGGAUGUGUGUGGGGAUCCAGGUUGCAGUCCUCUACUCACUUGACCUGGGACUGCAAGACCCACGGCCAAUGCACUGGGGCUUAAAAGGGACCCCUGACCAUUAGGUCCAGUCGUGGCCGACUCUGGGGUUGCGGCGCACAUCUCGCUUUAUUGGCCGAGGGAGCCAGCGUACAGCUUCCAGGUCAUGUGGCUAGCAUGACUAAGCCGCUUCUGGCGAACCAGAGCAGCGCAUGGAAACACCGUUUACCUUCCCACCAGAGCGGUACCUAUUUAUCUACUUGCACUUUGACGUGCUUUUGAACUGCUAGGUUGGCAGGAGCAGGGACCGAGCAACGGGAGCUCAUCCCGUUGCGGGGAUUCGAACUGCCGACCUUCUAAUUGGCAAGCCCUAGGCUCUGUGGUUUAACCCACAGCGUCACCCACGUCCCUUAUUUAUUUAUUUACUUACCUACCUAUGAAAUGAUCGGCAAGUCCUAGGCUCUGUGGUUUAACCUACAGCGCCACCCACAUCCCUUGCAGUGGGGCUUAGAAGCAUAUAAAUACAGUGUUAGGCUGCGAUCCUGUACACCACAGAUGGGAAAUAUUUUUCAGCCCAAGGGUUGUAUUUCCUUUCCAAGGGCCACAUGCCAGGGGUGAGCAUAGUCAGAGGCAAAGGUGGACCUAACAACAAAUGCAAAAUUGACCUUUGUACAAUACACUAGCUUCUACACCAUGUUUAGCCAACAUGGUGCCUUCCAGAUGUUUUGGGCUACAACUCCAACCAUCUCUGACUAUUGGCCAUGCUGGCUGAGGCUGAUGGGAUGUGUAGGCCUCAAAAUCUGGAAGGCUACCAUGUUGUCUUCCUCUGUUCUACAUACACUCAAAUGCCCCGCUCUGUCUACCACUCAGACAGAGAGCCCUGGAUCCCCACUGUAUACCUUAUAUGGGAGUAAGACCCACUGAACUUGGUGUAACUGACUUCUGAGUAGAUAUUCAUAGGAUUGCAUUAUUAGUGGGGAGUCAUUGUUAAGUUGAGGGUUUUUUUCUUCUUCUUCAGACGGAGCUCACUGGAGCUCAGCUCUGGCACCUCUCAGGUGGGAGUCAGUGCCACUUUAGGAGAACAAGGGAGAAAUUCAUGGUGAGCCCUCACACCUCUUUUUCUAGAAAAAUAGCACUGGUUAAGCUGUUCAGUAAUUUCCCUCCUCAUAUUUCUUUCAAAGGAAUACAGUGGUACCUCAGGUUAAGAACAGUUUCAGGUUAAGAAUGGACCUCCGGAACGAAUUAAGUUCUUAACCCAAGGUACCACUGUACUCUGGUGGAACACUGAGAUUGUCUAAUAAACCAUUCCCUCCAUCUGAGAAACUGAAGAAUCAUCACAUUCCUUACACGAUAGGCAAGAGAGGAAGUUGGAACUGAAUCAGAGGAAUUAGAUCUCUUGUCUCAACUAGCAGGCGUAUCUGCCGAGAUAGUAAGAUUAUGUGUACCUCCCUCCUCUUUUUCUCACAUGGAGUGGACUCUGUAGCCGCAAGUGUAGAAAAAGUGGACUUGUAAAAAAAGAGAGAGAGAGAUGCUUCACCUUUGCCACACUCCCUUUGUGAUUAAACAACAUCUAGCUAUAUCCUGUUUGGCUGUGUGUGUAUGAAAACCUUGUCUUUGCUCAGCUCCAUUCUGAAAGUUAGAAAUGGAGGCUAAGGUGUUUUCCUCUUUAGCUGACAUAGCACACUCAGGAUUACACAAGAGCAAACAGUAGAGACUAGCCUGCUCUGGCAAGUGAAGUAGUGCUCCAACAAGCCCCAGUCUGCCCUUAGUGGCCUCCACAUUUCUGCCUUCUUACCUGCCUUCAAUCCAGGAGGUGGCACUGGUUAUCAGCUUCCUCCUUCUAAGUCUCAGCCUUUGCCACUAUAGAACUCAGUAGAGAGGACUGGGCAAAACUAGCAUUAGACAGCUUUGCCUGUCAUCGGCUCUGGCUGCACCUACAAUUGGCCCCUCCGUUUUGUGCCCUACCAGUCUCAAUACGUAAAAGCAUACUGGUAACUAAUUGGGACUAAGUCAUCCUGAGUAUGAACUCUUCCUGAAGGACGUAAGCGCUUUGCUGGAUCAGCCCAGGGUCCAGUAUUGGUUCGCAAUACCCCCAGCAACCAGUAGACUGUAGGUAGUCCACUGGAACCAGCGAGUAUUCCGAAAUGUUUUCUGACUCCCUCAGAUCUGGGCGUGAGCUACGAUCUUGGACCGCUUUCCAGAUCUUCGUGUUCCCAGCAGGUUGUUAGUUUCUUCAGACAGGCACAGGCAAGUCUGAGGGAGGGAAAUGUAUUCCUAUAUAAAGUGAAACCUAUUUUUCCAUCAACGCUUUGGUGUAGCUCCGUACUUGGGUGAUAUGAACUGAACGUUUUCAUAAUUUGCAAAGGUGGCUUUACACUAAUCUGGCAAAUUUCAUCCCAAAUAUAUAACCAUAAGUGGAAGAAUACCACCUAGGAAUUCUAUUCAAACAAAUUUUUACUCAGAGUAGACUCAUUAAAAUUAACAAGUCCAUUCAUGUUACAGUAUUAGGUGACUACAACCCCCAGUAUGGAAGCAUCUACUGGAAUGUAUUUGGGAUCCAACUGUUCAGUGUUUUGAGAUUUGCCAAGACCUGUCAGUUCUACAAAGAAUACACGAACACACACACUCCAUUUGUUGUGAAAAGAUACCUGACAGUCUCUGUUCAUUUAUUCAUUGACUUUUUCUGAUUGCAACGGAAGGAGCUGGUGCAAUACAGCUCUUAAUAGGGAUGGAUGGAUCUGCCAAAGUUUGUUUCUCUGAGUUUCUGGUUUCCCCUGCCUUGAAUUCAGUCCUCUGCAGUUUCACAACAAUUUGUGAUAAUAAUAAAAACCCUUAUCAAAACUUGACAGUGUUUUAGUGCAGAUGUCUAUUAUACACUUUUUUUUUUUGCAUGCAGUUUUGACUAACGCAUGCGUUUUUGUAAGCAAUGUUGCAUAAUACAAUGCAUUAUUAUUAUUAAUAUUUGUGUUGCUGGAUUCCAUCUCCCAGCCACCAUGGCCAAUGAACAAGGAUGAUGGGAUCUGUAGUUCAACAGGCAUCUGCAAAGCCAUAGGCUCCUCCUCCUUCUUUUAUAGUCACCAUCCCAGGCUUAGAGAGGCUGUUUCAAACUCCUGGGUUGCAAAAGUCACCAUAAUGUGAGCUUGCAGGAAUAUCAUGUUAGUAAUAAGUUUCCCCUCUGCAAUGCUUUAGCCACAUACUCAUCAGAAUAACCCAAAACUGUGCAGAGCUCCAGGCCUAGGCGUGCCCCAGCUAUGUUAAUUGCUGAAAUGAAAGUUGCCGCCUAACUGCUUUUGGGCAACACUGGAUGAGCAGGUAAGGCAGCCGGAGCACCCGUGGAAGGUGUAUCCCACACCACACUCCUUAUGUGGCUUGCAAAGACUUUGAUUUAUGAAAAGCACUCAAAUGCACCAUAGCUAGGUUUGGAAACCACUGUGUACUUAUGAAGUUAUUGCACAUAACAAUAUAUGCCGCCCAAUAACAAAAUUAUCUGAGUGACUUAACCAUAAAAGAAUACACAAAUAUAUAUCAAGCAGAAAAUAAGUACAGUGGUACCUUGGAAGUGGAACGGAAUCCAUUCCGGAAGUCUGGGUUUCAAAACAUUUGGAAACCAAGGUGUGGCCUCCUGCAGCCAAUUGGAAGCCACACAAGUUGCGUUGGACGUUCGGGUUCCAAAAAAACGUUCACAAACCGGAACACGUCCGGGUUUGCGACAUUCGGGAGCCAAAAUGUUCGACUCGCAAGGCGUUCAGGAUCCAAGGUAUGACUGUAUAGCAAGAACAAAACCUUUCAACAACAGCAAUAAAUAGAUUGAACAGGUCUUCGAUUUAAAACUAAAGUUUAAGGAGGUUUGGGGAAAAUAUAAAGGUCUGCGCAUAGCACCCAAAGACUGCCAAGUGGGUUCUUCCUUAGGGCAGAUUAUUCCACAGAUGGGGUGCCACUUCUGGGAAUAUUUUUAUUCCCCAGACAUUUUCUGCACCUUAGACGUAUGUAAAGAACUGAGUUACUAAACAGUUAGUCCGUAUUCUUAAUGUAGAUUGUUAUGUUGCCACCAAAUAUAGCUAACAUGCUUGUUUUUUUUACGAUCUUCCUGAUUUAAAUGUAUAGAACUGUAAAAAUAACAUUUCUAAAAAGUAAGCCAUUUUACUUGUUUCUAUAAAAUGCCAGCAGGCCUGUUUCCAUACCUAUGUUUCUAACAAGUGCACCUACCAGGCAUCUGGAUUUGGCUUCCGUUCCCUACUGGUGACAAAAGCACAUGCUGUUUGACGUGCAACAUGUCAAGCAGUCCUAGGAGAGAGAUUUGAAAGUGUGGGCUUUCCGUGAACAACCACCAUUCUUGAUGUUUGCUACAUGAACAUGUUGUCCCCAUAAAUAAAGUUUAUAGUUCUCCAUAAGUAAUAAACAAGCCUAUUAUAGGAGGAAAUCUACACAUUAGGUUUUUUAUCACACAUCUAAAUGGAUGCCUGUUCAUUUCUUGACAGGGGAGCCAAAUGACAGCAAAAGCUGUUUCCUUGAGAGUGCAGCAACAGCUAGCUUUUGUGUACUUGUUUGUAAAGUGGCUGAGGCCGACACAAUAAGACCUUAAUCUGUGUUGGGGAAAAUUGGUGACUGCAGUAAAUAUGGGCGUGUGGGAUGCUACUCCCACAUUGACACAGAGCCCAGUAAGUGAAGCAGGCGUAGGAAACAGCACCAAGGUCUUUUGCAAGCCCAAAUGCAUCAAAUUUUAAAAAGUGUCAUUUGUCAAGAAUGAAGCAUGGGCACAAUCAGUGUUUGUCAUUGUUCUAAAACAACUGGAGCAAACUAGGAAGUUAGUUCUGCACAAGUCACAUUAUGCUAAAUAGAUUGCAGCAACCCGUUUUGUCAAAAGCUGGGUGCUGCUAUCAAAAGGCUGCUGUGAGAUUAGUGUAUGCUGUUGCACGCUACCCCAAUCUUCGAGAUGUCGGCGUGAUGUUACAGGGGUUCUAGGUGCGCUUAUCCAGUUUUCGUGUUUCCUCUUGGAAAAUGAGGAGACUGUGGUGUUGUUAUGAUAGCUGGUUUAUUUACACAGAUGUACAACCUGAGCCCACGAUGGAGGUGCUCACAGCAUUAGCACUCCAAGAGCAUCCUGCUUCUCCCAUAGCUGCAGCCCUGGAUUUUUAUUCUUAUUUUUUUAAUCAGCCAUAGCUCUGACCCUCUCUCUAGCUUGUGCGUCUUACAGACUGUCAGCUUUACAAAAUUGCAACCUUCCCCCCCAUCCCAUCCCAGCUCACCGUUCACAGGAUUCUAUGGAGAAGUCAUGUCUGUUAGUGCGAUAAGAGUGCUUUAAAAAUAUGGUGUGGAUUAGGCCUAGACGAAGGCAAACUUCUUGAAUAAAAAUGUAUAAAACCAACUGGGAACUGUAGUUUGUUAAGGGUACUGGAAAUUGUUGCUCUCUGAGGGGGAACUACAGUUCCCAGGAUUCUUUGGAAGACGUCUUUGUGCUUUAAAUAUGUGUUGGAUGUUUUUUAAAAUUAUGUUAUGGAGCAGCCUUAAGAGGAGAGCUUAGAAGAAACUAAAGGCAGAGAGUAAAAGGGUGUGUUCUGUCACCUUAAUGACUAACAGAUCUGCAAUGCAGUCCUGGACAUGUCUACUCAGAAGUAAGUCCAGUUGUCUUUAGUGGGACUUACCGGCAGGUGGUCUAGAUAAAGUGGACUCUAGCAUCUGAAAACUUAAGCCAUAAUAAAUAUUUUAGUCUUUAAAGUGGCACAAAACUCUUGUCUUUUUACCAGCUAUCUAUUUGUAUAGCUAAUUGCUCCUUUCAGUCUGUGAAAACUGUGUCUAGGUCUAGGUCCGGUCAUGCUCUGAUUCCCCAACCCCUAUUUUUCAUUUUGACAGCAGAAACUGAUCCCCAAUUCACCCCAUGAAACAUCACCCUAAAUUUCAGGUUUCUGAGUAGCCACCGUGUCUUGAUUUGAGACUGUUAACUAGAAUGGGCUAUGGUUUUAAUCUCAUUCUCAGGCUCUCCUGUGUUUAUGUAGGAAAGGUCACAGAGAGCAGGUAGUGCCGAGGCAGAAGAGAUUAAGCAGACUACUUCAUGGGUGCAUCAAAGGAAUCCCUAACACAUCUUUCUGUUUGCAGACUGACAUAUAUAUUACUCAUUUGGAUUACAGCUACUCCCACUAUUGACCAGAGAAAACCUGGGUCUUUAAACACAUUUUUCAAAGAAUGGAACCAAUUGCAAACACUUCAUUUUCAAAAAAAUAUAAGUUCUCUGUACUAUUAUGUCUGGUGGUCAAUAUGCAAGAGUGCCCAUGGGACUGUUCUUUUGGUCCUUUUGCAUGAGCACAGAAUAUUAAGAUCAAUGGUUUGAUUUUAUUGUCGACCAUUUAAAAAACUGCUGUCUCCCAUCUUUCUUCCCUCCGAACCCUGCUGGGUGCUCUGCUCACAAUAUGUGUUGUCAGGUAUGAUUGCUGCCAGGGGCCCCUCCAUUAAAUCAUCUGAAUGUGAGUUGGUUAUGAGAUCCUCACCUCACCAACCUGAAAUACCGAGUGCCUGAGCCAAGUGCCUUGGGAAGAUUUCGUUUGAAAGAUGAGAUGUGAUAGCAUCAGCAAGCAGGCACCUACUGGUGCCACCUUUCCCCAGCCUCUUACCAGUACCAGUGUUUGCAGGUGCUGAACAGAACACGCAAAAUGACACUGUGAGGGUUGCAAUUUCCCCGCUUGGGCCUGCCCUUUUGCUUUUAGCAACAGCUCGACACACCCACAAUUAGCAGGUGAAACUCUCCCCACCACUUAUCUCCAUGCUACCAACAACUUUGCUCGAAUAUUCAGUCUAUGCAUGUAGGUCUCCCACUAAAGGCACAACUAAAGGCUUAGGACCUAGGUAUUUGCUAGGCUGCCACCACCUACUCCCCUUUACAUCAGCCUCAUCCUUGAGAUAAAGGGAAGACUCCCUCUUAGCUGUGUUGCAUUUGCGGAUGGUGGUGACAUGCGAGAUGGAAUUCUCUGCAAUGGCACUCCAGUUGUGUAACACCUUCACUGAUUUGGUUGACGCCAACACUGAUGGGUUUUAACUGUCUGAAAAAGCUACUGUCAUUUACUGAGGCUUUUGGCUAAGUUGACUGGAGGAGAUGUUUUGUUGCUCUCUGGCGCAGCGAUGCAACUUUGAUUUAUUGUUGUCACUGUGGUUUGAGUUUAUUUUUAAAAGAUUGCUUUUUUAUUAAUGCAUUAUAUUGCACUCCACUCUCAGAUUAAUUUUAAUGAAGAGUGGGUUAUAAAUCACCCCCCCAAAAAAACGAAACUUUAGCAACCUUGUUUAUUGGACAGACACAAUCCUGGGUCUGGGGAAUAGUUAAGAAUGAGCACAUUGAGGAUGAGCAGAGGAAAUGGGAGCAAUGCUCUUCAUAUAACAACCAGGAAGCAUUGAAGCAAGACAAAGGGGGAGCAUGGGAGUGUACGUACUUUGCAUGCAAAACGUCCUGGGUUCUAUCUUGCCAUAUCUUGUUAAAAGGACUGGAUAGGGAAGGUGAUUUGAUGUGGAAAAAACACUGCCUGAAACCCUGGAGAGUAGACAAUAUUGAAUUACAUGGCCUAACAGAGCAAUCCAGACCCCUGAUCUGUUGUGCCAAAGGGAUUUGGAUGGAGAGGAGGUGCCUCUGCUCAGUUUUCUCCAGCCCCACAAGCCUUUGGUGGCAGGGGAGCUCUACCAUAGGUAGGGAAGCCCUGACACCAAGGAGCACCCCAAUGAGCCUGCCCUAACAGUGGGGAGAAACUACUGCCAGUGGCAUUCUUGCUGUCAGUUCAGGCACCAAAGGACUUGCUGGAUCCUUGACAGAUCCUGAUGCUGUCCUACAAUGACAGUGAGUCUGUUCCAUGUCUCCUCACUGUGUCAGCCUGGGAGUUAGUGCAGCAACAGGGCAUUUUUUCCUGUCCCUCCACAGUCUGCCUUGACCUGUACAAGUGCCGGGGCUGUAGGUGUGGCAAGGCCUGCUGUGCUCCAUCAAGCUCCACCACUGCCAGCCAGGGGUUGGGGUUGCACCCUAAUAGCUUGACCUGCUGGAAUCCAGCUUCCUAUGAUGUAAAAGCAGAGUUCCCAAACUGUGAUCCACAGAGGCAGAGCCAUCAAACGUCUCCCUGCGAUGCAGCUAUUAAGGAUACAGGAGUACCUUGUGGUCAAAAAAGUUGGCACAUCUCUAUGGAAUGCAGGGAUCAUCUGCCUUGCCUCUGCUUCAGGCUGAGCAUCAACACAUACUAUAACUUGGAAACCUGCAAGAUGAGUCGGAGUGACUAUUCAGACACCCUCAGGGAGAAGGAAGAUGAAAGGUACAAGUGAACAAGCACCGAUUGGUUUAAUUUUACAUUUACCUACCCCAUACUUUCCCGAGCAAUUCCUCUCACUUUAAAUUACAUGAAAGAAUGAACAGUAUACAAGGUCACAAUAUACAAGGUCCUUUAUUAAAUCCUUAAUUUUAUAUCCUGCUCGCCCAGUAUCUCACCAACAUAAACAGACUUUUUGUUGUUAGCAUCCAUCUAUCUCAAGAGCAAAAGGAGUGCCCUCCCAGGGGGCAAGUCAAACCACUGUAUUAGCAGCACCAAAGUGACUUCCCAGGGGCGCAAACCUGGGCAAUGUGUAUGGAGGUCUUGGGCUGCCCAGGAGACAAGACUCCUCUCUUGACCUCACUGAUGUGGUCCAAAGGAAAGCAGAGCUAUAUGUUUGGCCCUGGCUUGGCUACAGGAGUUGCUGGAAGAAGGCAUACAAGGCACUCUGGAUUUAUGUAGGUUUUACUCUUUAGCCUUUUCUUCUUCAGAAGAUAGCAGGCCACUCGAUGCCAUUCCUGGGGUGUGGCUGCUCUCACAUGCUGACUGAACUCAGAAAGCACCUCUGGAAAGUCAGUGUGAAUCCAGGUGUGGAAUUUCAGUGUGAAAUUCAUCUAAGUGACUGAGGAACCCUUAACCCUGUUCCAGCAAAAUUCCCUGAUGGCCAAACCUCACCAGACAUGGAAGAUCCACGAUUAGAUCUUCAGUGAUGUUGUUUUUCAUUUACUUAAUUUAAAGCCACUUCAAGGGACUUCAGUUUUGACUGAAGAAGUGGCUCUGAGGAGUACUUAACCCAUUUCCCUGAUGUAAAUUACACUCCCAAAAAUCAUGAAUUGCUCUGAAACAGAGGGGGGAAUGCAGGUACCUAUACCAUGUCUGUAUCCCCACCCCCCAUUUUUAAAAUAAAUAUUUCAGAGUGGGAGGUUUUGAUAUGGCAAAUUGCAAAGGGCAUCGCUGAUCUGAUCAAAAUCCAGCACAGCUGCUUUAAAAUGGGAAAGAAAACUCCCAAAUAUCUGAUCAUCUUGUGUGGUUGGCCCUUAAGCCUUUCAUGGCACAUCUGUGCCCCAGAGAGGGCCAAAGGGCAGUGGGAAAGAAAAGCAGCUGUACCAACUGCAGCUGCUGUACUACUGGUGUUGAAUCUGAGGCUAGGGUGGGGCCUGCUGCUUAAUUUCCAAAAUCAGAGGUGCUGAUGGGGGAAGAAGGCUCAAGUCUUCCUGGAAUGAAGGAUCUCUGCUAGCGUAGCUAUUCUUUUUCAGUGUGGAAUGGCUGCUGUGUUUACACAGUAGUGCUGGAAAAGAAGCCACAUGUGCUCAGAUAUAUUUCGCUUUUUAAAUCAUUAUGUACAUGCUUUAGAGCUGAGCUCAGACCCAAAAAAACAGGAUCAGGGGCAAGCCAGUCAGGACUUUGCAAGCAGGUGGUUUUAUCCUUACGGCUCUGUUACUAAGACCCUUUUGAUUUUCAAGGAGAUCCCCAGUACAGAAGCAGAAAUUGAUAUCUUCUUUUUGAUGCAACACUUAAGUACAGUCGACCUGUCUAUGUUGGCUUCCUAUACAUUUAAACUGUAUUCAAAGUGCAUUACUCCCCCCUUCCCCCAAUAAUCCUGGGAACUAUAGUUCCCCCCCUUCACAAAACUACUAUUUGCAGUGCCCUCAACAAGUUACAGAUCCCAGGAUUCUUUGGAGAAAGUCACACCCUUUAAAUGUGUGUUGAAUAUGCUUUAAAUGUAGAGCAUGCAUCUGCCUGAAAUGAGACGCAAAUCAUUUAUUGAUCAUGCACAUCCAUGUUUACUCUGUCUGUGCUCCUGAGCCACAUGUGCUUGCACAUUUCUGAGUAAUGCAGUUGAUGGAAUAUAGGACAAAGCUGGACCCAUAGGGCAUAAACUGUAUUUGCACUUAUUAUUUAGAGGUUCUGUUGCUCACAGAGAGUCAUGCUGUCAUCAAGGGCAAAUGUUUGUUUUAUGAUGUCAGCACAGAUAAAAUGACAUAUGCUGAUCUAAGUGUCUGCUGAAUCUAGACUGUCUGAAGCUCAUGAAUUUUUUAUUUUUUUUUAAAUGAUAUUUAUUAAGCAUUUUAAAGUUACAGAAAAGACAAAGAGAUAAAGAAGGGGGAAAAAACAAGGGAAAAGCAAACAGCAGUCAAUACAAAUCAAUAAUAAAAAAAAAACAAAGACAAAACACAUCAAAAUCCAAAAAACAAAAGUAAACCACAAACAUUUAAAAACAGAUCCAAUAUUCCCAAAUCCUUAACUGUCAUUGCCUUAUUUCAUUGACCUCCUCACACCUCCCUUUUUUGUAUUCCAGUUAUUAAUUAUAACAGCAAAUCCUUCCCAUUUUUCAUAAUAUUCUGUCAUUAAAUUACCUUAAUCUAUUUUAACCUCAUCUUACUAUAAAAGACCCUAGAAUUUAAAACUUAAAUCUUAUUUAUACCAAUUUCUCAUAACCAUAACAUAUUCUUGCUUAGUUCUUUUUAACAUUUCUGCUAAAGCCAAAUAGUUUCGUUCCAACAUUUUUCUAAUACUCAUUAAUUUUACAAAACAAUCCUAAAUAAAUUUUUUUUAAAAACUUUCUUCCAAUCUUCAUCCAACGUCUCUUCCUCCUGGUCCCGGGUUUUGUCAGUCCUUUCUGUCCCAUCCAUCUAGUUCGUUAACCUGGUAAUCUUAUGUCCGAGGCCCUUAAGUCUCUUCCAUGUCCCUUCCACAGAUCUUCUUCAUAUUUAUACCUGUACUUUACUUUGUCUCCUGGUCCUUUCACUCGUGGAAACUGUCUGAAGCUCAUGAAUGAACGUUCCUGGUUCUGUUACUCUCUGCUAAACCAAACAGGAAAUAAUAAAAAUAAUAAUUAAUAAACUUUUAUUUGUAUCCUGCCCUCCCCGGCCGAAACCAGGCUCAGGAUGGCUAACAUCAAAUAUAUAGCAUUAGUAUAAUAAUUGCAUGGCCAGGAUCUAUGUUUGGACCAGACAACAGGUGAUGGAUGAGGGAUGUGUUUCUGAACAGUUCCCACAAGUGCAGAUCAUGCUGAGCUGCAACCAAAUUUAUUUUAACUGCUGGUGCUGAAAAGGGUGACUAUAUAGUGUGCAUACAGUCAUAUCUCAAAGAAAGGACUCAGUGAAGUCCCCCUCACCCCAGUGGAGCUAACCUGGCUUCUUAAUGCCUACACAAUUAUUUGGCAGACAUAAUUAUCAAUGUUAUGAGCACUGACAGAAUGAAUAUGUAUCCAGCCUUCUGCCAUCCUUCAGGCGGAGUUGUCUGAAAGAUAACUUCUCAAAGUACUGCUUGCACCUUUAUGCAAUUUAAUGGUUUGGGUACAUCAUCGUUAUAACAUUAGCAACAACAACAACAAUUGAAAGGCUAUGUGCAUACUAUACUGGCUGAAAAUGCACCUAAGGUGUUAUUUUUCUUACCGUAAUUUGGAUCGAGGCUGGUUUGGGGGAAAAUGCAUCAAAGCACAGUAUCUGAUAAAGAAAUUACAGGAUAGAUGUGGGUUGUAGCGUUGUGUGUACCCUGCUUCCUAAACAAGCAGUGGCGUUGUGAUGGCUGCAGAGUAAACAAGACUGUGCAUUCGACUUCCAUUUUUGAACAAUGUAAAAAAAACAGCCUGCUUUUGGGGAAUGAGUUGAGGUCAUCAAAGCUUCAUGCAUCAUGGCGUCAAAGGUCUCUGGCCAAUGAGUACAAUACACAGCUGGUUUCUGCCCCAAAGAUGUGGAACUGGUUUUUCACAAGCUCAGUCCUGAGGAGAAGAUGACAUGUUACACCUUGGGUUACAUACACUUCAGGUUACAGACUCCACUAACCCAGAAAUAGUACCUCGGGUUAAGAACUUUACUUCAGGAUGAGAACAGAAAUAGUGCAGCAGCAGCAGCGCAGCGGCAGUGGGAGGCCCCAUUAGCUAAAGUGGUGCUUUGGGUUAAGAACUGUUUCAGGUUAAGAAUGGACCUCUGGAAUGAAUUAAGUUCUUAACCCGAGGUACCACUGUAUGAGCAAAUGUAAUGAGUGCAACCCUCACAGAAGCGCCACUGCUGCAAAGUAUGUAGCAUGUACGCACCUUUGUCAUGAUGGCGACACCCUGCCUCAAACCUUCAGGGGGAAGCAAUUUUUAUUUUAUUUUGGUGAUCUCCUAUUUAGCCUAAUCCCAUAAAUUUACCCUCCACAUUUUUGCUGGAGCCUUGGUGUCACUGUAAAUCAUGCCUCUCCCAUUCUGCUUGUACCUUUAUUAGCUUUUUCACACCUUCCACUUUUAAUUGCAGAGGCUGAUCUCCAAGGCAUUUGGGGAUCCACUCACAACUCCACCCUGCUUAAUUGUUUGGUGUUAUCUCAUUUCUUCCUUUUCAUUUGUGUUCCCCAAAAUUGGUGGGGAUUUUUUUUUUAGGGGGGGAGGAGUGGGGUGUCUGGAGCUGGUUGUGUCUUUCCUUUUAACAACGACAACAAAGAUGUUUUCAUCUUUAUACUUUUUCCCAAGCUUUUUUAUUUGACUUUUCUCCAUGUCCCUUUGGUUAACACAGUACAGUGGUACCUCAGGUUAAGUACUUAAUUCGUUCCAGAGGUCCGUACUUAACCUGAAACUGUUCUUAACCUGAAGCACCACUUUAGCUAAUGGGGCCUCCUGCUGCUGCUGCUGCUGCUGCUGCGCCGCCGGAUCACAGUUUCUGUUCUCAUCCUGAAGCAAAGUACUUAACCCAAGAUAAUAUUUCUGGGUUAGCGGAGUCUGUAACCUGAAGCGUAUGUAACCUGAGAUACCACUGUAUUUCGGUAAACUUUACAGAUUUGUGCCGGGAUCCCUAUGGGUGGAGAACCCUUUCCAGUGGAAGGGACACAUUCCUUCAGAGCAGUCUUCUACGAGUGGUGGUGGGGCCAGAGGCAAAAGUGAGCAGAGCAAUAUCUUGUUAAUUUUUACCUUUGGAAAGUAGGUUAGUUUCUUCACACUCGCAACAUCCCUCUCUGUCUUCCAUCUAAGCAAGCAGGGUUCAAGUACACAUUCCUACCAGGCAAAAGCACUCAAGGGGGGGGUCCAUGCAAAGUGUUGGGUGUGGCUUUGGUGGGCAGGUGGCCUGGGGAGACUCCUGACUCCUGGGUAGGGAUGGGAAAAUAAAUCAACUUGGUUUUCUCUGUUUCUCAUCUUUCCAGUCUUAAGCUUCUGGGUUUUUUUAAGUGCUCAUGAAAAUUCAAUAUCAUUUCAGUGUGGAUUUCUCAUGAUAGACACGUUUGUAUACAAUGUUACACAAUAUGCAUGUGUUUGCAAAGCAAUUUUCCAUAACAGAAAAUUUUUGUACAGUGUAUCCACUAAUACAGAGCUUUCCAUAUUUUUCAUGUCGGUGACACACUUUUUAGUCAUGCAUCAUUUCGCGACACCGUAAUGCAGUUUUACUAGCAAACCAGAGGUUAAACUAACCCCUUUCCAGUGGCGUAGCGUGGGUUGUCAGCACCCGGGGCAAGGCAAGUAAUUUGCGCCCCCUAACCCGUGGAUUUUAGCACUCGAGCCAGGUAGGGGCAGAGAGCUGCGAGUGCGAGCGCGCCCCCCCCAGAUGUUGCGCCCGGUGCGGCCGGCCCCCCCUGCACCCCCCAGGCUACUCCACUGCCCCUUUCCAGCCCCAAGAGGAACGCGGGGAGCAUUUGUGCGACACACCUACACACUGCAGCCGACACACUAAUGUGUCAUGACACACAGUUGAGAAAGCUCUGCACUAAUAUAUGCAUUUAUACGCAAACUUUACACUAGCAUAUACAUUUUUUUGUACACAUUACUUGGCUAGAGAACUACACUGCAAAUUUCAGAGAUGUGCAAAUUUCAAAGGAUGCAUGUAUUUCAUUCAGUGUGCAACUUGUUUCAGGAAGUGCAAAUUAGGUAAGUUCACCUUUAAAUGUGAACUGAAUCGGAUUUCUUCCCCAUCCUUAUUCCUGAGUGUCAGAUAGGAAGUCCUGGAGGGCCUGAGGUCCACCCCCACCCCGGUUUACCUCUUACUCUCAAUCUACCUCUUGUGUUGUUGUUUUUCACCCUUGUUUGGGCGUAGCUUCAUGGACUUCUUGGAUGCUCUUCAAGGCUCCUUUGGAUCUGAAAGCUCAAGUCUGGGCUGUACUGAGGAUUCCAUUUCUGGCUUAGUUGGUUCAAACUCCCUGCUGUUUUAUCAAUACAAAAAGGCACACCCAAUGUCUAAUUAAAACUGGAGCAAUGCCAUAGAUCAAUUGGUAGACCAGUGUUACUUAAGACCAGGUGUUAUCUCACACUUCUUUGUAGCUGCGCAUCUCUUUGAUCUUAAAAUGAAACCCUUUGGGCAAUGGCAGCAACAAAUUUAGAGAGUAUUCACACUUUCAACCAGAACAACAAGAAGGAUAGUGAAACUAUGGGCAGUGCGCUGCGUAGGAUAUAUGUUUAAGUGUUUGUGUCUUGGGCAUGAUUUCUUAGCUGAAGAGAGUUAAGGCCUGUGAGAGGCAAGAAAGGAAGAAAAAACAGGAGCAUUGACACUCCUUGGGGUAGGACCCACAGCUUGAGUAUUAAAAUGGGUGUGACUCAUCCAAGUCUUUUUGUUCCAGAAGAAGCCACACCUCUUGGAAAAAAGUUCUGAGUGCCAGACAGAAAAUUGCCUGUGCGAAAGAUACCAAGUUCAUGUUUGAACAAGCAGCUUUGUGGAUUUCUGCCAGUAGAACGAACACACACACACAAACACACAGUGAUUUUGUUGUUUGAUUAAUGUGAAUGGGUCAGUUGCUCUGUUUCUGCUAGUGGCCAGACCGCAAGUGACACCCAGGAGUAGGCGGCAGAGUCUUGGACAACAUUAAUAUUUCUUAAUGACUGUUGUUUUCUGACGAGGCAAUUCACCCGUAAGGGUGGAGCAGAGACCCAGUAGAUGAGUGAUGGGAAACAGUAGUUAAUGCUGUCAAAAUAAGAGAGAGGGAGGGAGGGAGGGACGGAAUUGUGAGUUGGCAGAAAGAGAAGCAUAUUGAGCUACAGGGCCUCUCAUUGGGGAUCUGUUGCCUGUUUGCCUCCAUAUGCACUGGCUCGGUACUUGUAAAUAAAAUACAAAUAUGUCCAAAGUCACUAGUGUAUUUUUGGGCACUCUGCAAACAGAGGCAGUCCAAAAUGGGAAUGCAAACAACACUGAGAGAGAAAACGACAUUGUCACAAACUGAUCCCACUUUACUGAAGACAUAGAUAGGCUGUUGUCUUGAUGCCCUGCUUCUGAGCUUUCCAGAGGCAUCUGCCUGGCGGCUGUCAGAAACAGAAUGCUGAACCGGAUGGAUGUUUGGUUCAAUUCAGCAAGUCUUUUCUUAACUUCUUAUGAAACAAGUCAUGGGCGCUGUUCGUAGGAGCCAACUCCUAGGGGCCAAGUUCCGUUCACCCCCCCCCCCCAAAAAAAUAUUUGACACACACACCCCCAAGUUGCUGGGCAUUGCCAUUCAAAUUGUGUGCAUGUGCCAUGUCUUGUGAUCAGUUGUGCAGGGUGGAGCUUUUAUUCAAGUUGGCACCCCAGCACUGUUUAAUUUUCCAGUGGCGACCUGGAAUCGGAAGAUCCCAACUUUGCAAAGCAGUACUCAAAGUAGAGUAAUCCAGAUUUUCCUCUUUGUAAAAGCAAUCAUUUCUACACAUCUAUCCACUAACAACUUGGUUAGCCUGCGAUAGGUCCAUACCUUCCCAUACAUACACACUUCGCUUUAAUUAAAAGCUACACAAAGAAGGCGUGUACACAUGCCUUUGAUGUUAAUGAAGAUAAGGAUUUAGGCCUGGCAAUCCUUGGAUAUUCUUAAGGAAGCCUCUCACUAUGGCUCCAGCAUGAGUAAAAGCCUCUUAGGCAGGACUGAUUCACAAUUAUUCUUAUUCACUAGGAACACUUUUUUCGCAGUAUUGCAUGCAUCUUCUCCAAACCUACUGAUCUUCCCGAAUGGAAAGCACCAUUCUGCACACACACACACACACACACACACACACACACACACACCCUGUUGUGUUGGCACCAUCUCUGCAGUCUCUGAUCCACAUAGGUGUUGCAAGAGGUGGUGCAUAGAUGGGAAAAUUCCACCCCCUAGACAAGAAUUGCCAGGAAUCCAGUACAGGCAGGAAGAAAGAAGAGUGAAAUGAAACUGUCAGCUAAAAAGCAUCUAGAGAGCCUAUGCAUGCACGAAAUGGCCAAACUAAGCACCAAGUGGUAGAUCUGUGAUCAGAUUAUUUUUCUUUAUUUUCUUUAAAGUAUUUGCAGAGCCUGCUAGCUUGGACAGUGGAAGGGAGUUAACCAUUUCCUUAGGUCACUGCCUUGCUCCAUCGGGGCCACUCCAAGACACCACUUUUUUUGCACCACUGGAGAAAGCCACACAGCUACCUAUGGCAGCAGUAUAUUCUUGCGUGUCUAUUUAUUAUUAUAUUUUAGAUUUUACAUCACAGAAAUUCAUCCUUUGUUAAACAAUUUAGUAAAUAUAUCUGAGGGUUAGAACUUGCCCAGAAAUGGAACUGGACUCAGGGUGCGUUGGGUCACACCAUACCAAGAGAAUAUCUGCAGAAUGGUGCACUCUCUCCUUAAGUGGGCUUUUUUGCACCCAGAAGUGCUAAACUACUAUCGCCCUGUGGCAAUCAUCUCUUCAUUGGGCAAGAUGCUGGCAGUCUAGCUUUAAGCACGCUUGGAGGAAAGUGCUUAUCUGAAGUCUAGACCUAAUCAAGUCUGGCUUGAGGCCCAGUCAUGGCACUGAAAGCGCUUUGGUCAUCCUGGCUGAUGACAUGUGUUGGGAAAAGAUGGCGGGAGAGUGACUUUGCUCAUUCUCCUAGACAUCUCAGUGGCUUUCAAUACGUGGUUCUGCUCCUGCCUCCAUUUACGGAAGAGGUAGUUAUGGCUUGUCUAAGAACAGAAAGUAAGGUCCUGACAGAAAGAUUUUUGAAUGGGGGACUUUCUAGUUCAAAGCUUAUAAAGCUACAGCCCUGUGCACCCAUACUUAGGAGAAAGCCUGAGUGAACACAGUGGGUCUUAACUUCCAAAUAAGCAUGCUUAGGAUUGCACCAACUAUUACUGCCAGUACAGGUAAUGUUUAUAAUAAAGGAGGGUUUCAGAAAGCCCCCUUCAAAGGGAAGGAAGAAAGCAUAGCUUCAGGGGAAGGAGAAGUUACUUCAAGCUUCUCCUUCCACUGCCAGAAGCUGGAACUCAAGCACUCCCUCCUAAUCGGUCAGAUCCGCAAACAGUAUUUAUGGUAAUAUCCCACAGCCUCCUUCACACACACAGCCACAUGGCCAAGUGAUGGCUCCAACUCCCCUAAUUUCCUUUGUUUUGUACAUUUUUAUGAGGUAGACCACAGCUUAUCUUGUCUAAUUCUCAGUAGCCUAUAGCCUGUACCACAGUGAUUUAACAAGCAUUUAUCGCAGUGUUUCUAAAUGUUUUUUUUUCCCACUGACUGACAGAGUCCAGCAUUUAUAAUGCAGGGAAUUGUUCAAGAAAAUGUCAAGGACAGCAAGUAAUUAAGCCUGCUAUUUCACUGUCAGAAAAGCCUUGUGUGAGGCAAGUAACAUGAUCCACUCUUGUCUAUUGUCUGUGGUGCCAGCUGUGCUGCCUUACUCCACCUGAAGCAAAACUGCUUAGGCAUUUCAAGUUUUUCGGCUGAGCUGUCCAUCAGGUCUGACAAGACUGAAACUUCAUUCACCACACCCUCUGUGAGAAACAUUCUGGGCGCUUCAUGGAAGCAGGCAUGCAGUCCUAUAAAGGUUUUUGAAAUGCUCUUUGUCUUGUGCGAAAUAACUCAUAACUGAAGACAUCCUGUGCAAAGUACUUAGAAUAGUUCUGUCAAGGAUGACGUAUUUGGGAAAGAGCUAUAGACAGAACUACCUCGCUGAACAUGCUCAAGAUGUAGAAGGACUGGAUGAAGUCUUAAUUUGCUCGCUUAUCUGACUUGGAUCCUGACACCCAAAUUUCUUCCACGGGGGUCUCAGAAAGACUUAUUCUGAGGUGGUCUGCCAUACUGGGCGAGGAAGAUCAGCAUUGUUUAGUAAAGUUGUUAGGCCUUUCUCACCACCAUGAGAACAUUGCCAUGCACACGCCUUCUGCUCUGUCAACCUGACAAAUGACAAGUUAUUUUAGCUGUAUCUGCUAGAACAAAAACACGGGUAAUGAAAUUGCAGGAUUCUUCUUUUUUUAAAAAAACACACUUUUGACUCCCGCUGACUUCAGUGGGAGAGAUUACAUCCGUAAGUCUCCUCCAUUGAAAUUCAGUGUUGUGUUUAACAGGGUUGUAUUGAAAAUAUGAUUUACUAUUUUUCAGUCCCAAGGACAUUAUGUAAUUGCAGCACCACCACUGAAAGGGCCUUCUCUGUGGUGGCCACCUUUCUAGUCUAAUCUAGUCUAACCAAUGAACCUGGAAUAGGACAGGUAUAUAGAAGAGGGGGCAAGAGGUAGUCAUGGAACUGGUGGAAGGUCUUCAUGAAAAUAGAGCAAUGCUAUUUGUCCAAUUUCCCCUCUUAAAAAUGAGUGUGAGGCAGGAACAUUGCACAUUUCCCCAUCCAUUGUGCUUUCUCAAUGCUCCCCUUCUUCCAGCGGCAAAUGCAUGAACUAAUGAACAGAAUGGAAGCACAUAUGAAGGCAGUUAGUGACUGAAAGGAUGCUCAACUUUACAGAGGACAAUCCUCUAUCUUAAGGGUCAUCCCGUUCAAUUUAAAGAACCAUAAGAAGGGAAAACGGAGACCUCGAAGAUGUCUGUCAACAAUCAGCAUAUGGCACUGUCAAUCAGCUGUUCGACAGUGGAAUUUGCUGCCAAGGAGUGUGGUGGAGUCUCCUUCUUUGGAGGUCUUUAAGCAGAGGCUUGACAACCAUAUGUCAGGAGUGCUCUGAUGGUGUUUCCUGCUUGGCAGGGGGUUGGACUCGAUGGCCCUUGUGAUCUCUUCCAACUCUAUGAUUCUAGGUACCCAGGCCACCUAGUUACAGUGAUCCACAUGGUAGUGAGAUGCACUGUAUUUUUAUUUGAAUUUUAGUUAUUUGUUCUACAAGUGCAUCUAUCCAUAUAAAUCUGUGCAUGCAAAUUUUAUUUAAAUUUGUGUAAUGCAUUGCCUCUUUUUGGAGCGAAAAGUUAAACCUUCCCUUAUCCAGCUCCACGUCCUAACUGAAUCCUCCCUCUCCCAGUGUCUGCCAUUAAUGUCUAUGGGUUAAUGGAUCAACUACAUUAUAUCUACUUUAGCUCGUAGUCUUAACAUUUAAAUUACAUAAUCAGCAUUCACACACUUUAUCAGCCGUUUUAGCUAACUUGUUUCACCACUGACACUCUGAUUUCUUUGUACUCUUACUGAUACUCCUACUUGAAAAUGUAAUUAGUCAGAUGCAAGUGAUGCUACAUGGUAUUCAUAGUGGGCAAUUAGCUCACUGAUUAAAAGAUGUUAUUAUCAUUUCAUUUACACAUCAAAUUACUGUAGAGGCAUUUCACAUCUACAGAUGCAAAAGCGGCAUUUGGAAUUUAAUUUCUAAAAUGAGACUUGUCUAUUCUCAAACUCAAAUUAGAAGUGAUCCCUAUUCUCAAAUUCAAGUUAGAAGUAAUCCCUUCUCAUUUUGACUACGGUAAUUUCAGAUGUUUGAGUGAGGCAGGCUGAAGUCUGUCACAGGAAAGCAGUUUGCACCUGCUUUCUGCGUUUUAAAUUGCAGCACCAGUCUGAUCCUUACACCUAUUUUCAAGGAGCCCAGGAAGAAUGCCAAAUAGCCAGAUUCCUUUGGCUCUUCACUCUGAUGCACCUUAACUACUACCUUUCUAGUCAGUGUCACACAAUUUAAAACAAUCAUUAAAAUACUAAUGCAACAGCAAUAGUGCUUAAGUUUUAGCACAGUUUUAAAAACUGACUUUAAAAACCCCACACUGAUGAAAUUGUGUCCAUAGGCAAAAUGGUUAAUGUCUCACUAGGGUGGACAGAACAUAGGAUGGAACACGCACACAGAAUUGCUAUGCUGGUUGAAAUGUGAAGUCAGCUGCAAUUCUGUAUGUAGCUUAAGCGUGGAAGAGUUAGGACUGGGCAGAAUUCAAAGCUCAGUCUGGAAGAACCCUUGUUUGUAAACACCAGCUGAACCUCUCCAGUCAUUUUACCUCUCUUGUGAAGCAAGGCCUCUUGAACAUUGCGCUUUAGUAAUUCAGCUUUCUAAUACGGUCCUUGCCUAAGGGGUCAAGGGAGGUAACACCAGCAGAAAACAAAACAAAAUAAACCACACACAACAAAGGCACUUACCCAAUUAAAUGAACAUUAUUCACUUAGAAUUAAGCCGAGGAUUUGGAUGCCAGUAUAAAGAGAAAAGUUUAACGGCUCUUCCACAAAGGUUCAAAAAUCUGACAGUCUUCUCAGGAAAGGGAAUCUGUUACAAUAUUAUCGGCAACCACAGAGAAUGACUUUUUUUGAGCCUGUUUGGCUUUAACUUGGUGUGCUCAGACUUACUUGGCCUUAAAGGUCUUUAAGAGAUCUUUAAUAGUUGAUAUAAGAAAAUGUGUCCAUCGGUUCAUAGGAAGUAAUUCGAAUCCCCGCGACGGGGUGAGCUCCCAUUGCUUGGUCACUGCUCCUGCCAACCUAGCAGUUCGCACGUCAAAGUGCAAGUAGAUAAAUAGGUACCGCUUUGGCGGGAAAGUAAACGGCAUUUCCGUGCGCUGCUCUGGUUCGCCAGAAGCGGCUUAGUCAUGCUGGCCACAUGACCCAAAAGCUGUAUGGCCAAUAAAGUGAGAUGAGCACCACAACCCCAGAGUCGUCCGCGACUGGACCUAAUGAUCAGGGGUCCCUUUACCUUUAAAGGGGGUAGGGUAUCCCUGGUCAAGCAUACCAUUUUAAAACAAAUCACACACUCCAUACAUAUACCCCCGACACAACCUGGUAAUCUGCAUUAUUUCAUCUAGAAUAACCAGGGCUGGUUCACGACCCUUAGCUGCCUGAUCCGGAAUAGUAGAUGGUAUUUGGUCAAGGUCAAGGUACAUAUUCCCCUCUUUUGGAAGGAAGGACUGGAUAGACAUGUAAUAAAUAAAGUAUUGGGGUAGGGGCCAGGUAAGCCCCACCCCACACAAUUGAUCACAUGACGUGGCACAUGUACAUCAUUUGAAUGGCAAUGCUCAUCAACUUUGUGAUGUGAUAUAAUGAAAAGAUGUUCAAAAUAACAUUCGUAAAAAAAAACAGAAGCUUUUCUCUUGGGACUUAUAGGAACAGAACUACCUAAAAUGUAUAGAAACAUAUUCAUGUAUGUGACCACAGUGGCAAGAAUGUUACUUGCCCCAAAUUGGAAAGAAAAAGAAGUCCCAGCAAAGGAAGAACAGAUACGAAAACCUAUGGAAUACACAGAAAUGGCAAAACUUGCCGGAAGAAUAAGAAAUCAAGGUAACAAACUGUUUAUAAAAGAAUGGAAACGGUUUAUUGAACAUUUACAGAUAAAUUGUAAACAGAUAAAAACAUUGGCAGGAUUAUUGCAAUAACCUGCAGCUUCAUAAGAAGAUGAAUAAAUGAACAAAUAAAGUUAAUUUGGAUAUGCAGAAGAUAUGAAAAAUUUCAAGAACCGCAGAAAGCGGGGAAAGGAAGUCAAGUUUUGAAAUGUCAAAAGGAUUGUAAAAUCGGGGAAACGUAUAAAUUCGAAAAGGAUAAAUAAAAUUUAAAAAAACUUUGUUGUGGGGGGGGCGGUCCCCUCGAACAUUGGGCCCCUAGGAGUUGGCUUCCUACGCCGACCGGUCGGGAAAGAAGGAGGUUUUCUCCCACGGAGCUGCCAGGCGCAGCCCGGCCCCUCCGCGCGCUUUCCCCAGGCUCCUCGCCGCCCAGGGUGGGGUCAGCCGGGCCUCGACGCUUUCUUUUCCCCCUGCGCGCUAAGGACGCCUGAGCGAGGCGGGCGUCGGCUCUCUCGCCUCUGGGUUGGGCCCAGGUAAAGGCGGAGAGAGAGAUGUCAGGAGGGAGGGCGGCCCGACACGCAGCACUGUUAUGAGUGUCCCACAGUCACCGGGCGAGGGCUGGGGGGGGGUGGAGGGCGGCGGUGGCGGCUCCACGCCCAGGCUUGCAAGUUGAGCAAAGCAUUCCCCAAGGUGCGGCUUGGCCUCUCCGGUGCCAGCAGGGAGGGGACUGGCCGGUCUCCUCCUCUUCCCCAGUCCCCGCCCGCCGCCACCAUCUCCAGCACCGCCGCGCCUUCGGCUGCCUCCUCACCUGGACGCCGCCGCGACUGCUCAGCACCACCACCACCUGCCUCUCUCUCUUUUUCUUUCUUUCUGUUUUCCUUUAAAAGUUCCUACUUUGCUCUUCAUUCGACCCCUCCCUUCCCCUUCAGAUCCCCUUCCCCUCUUUAACGCCCACCCCCGGCCUUUGACCUCCAUUUUGCCUCGCCACCUUUGCGCGCUUUCUCUUUUUUUGGACUCUGUCGCUUUUGGGGUUGCCUGCCUGGUUCUAACUCCUUGAGGACUUGCGCCUUGCGAAGGCCGCUUGCUGCCGGGCGUUGGAGGGAGGGGAAGAAAGCGCACGAGAGCGAGCGAGCCACAGGGGAGCAGCCUUUCGCCCGCCAGAGAAGUUCAUGCUUUUGCUCUCAUCUGUGGGUUUCCUUUUCUGAUUCUGAGGCACCCAAGUCUGAGCCAGCCCAGCCGCCAAGAUGAGCAUCAACGGAUCCCACCCCAGGAUCAACACGGUGGGGAGGAUGGUCAGAACCGACUCCGGGCCGGAUAUGCGCUAUGAUAUUAACAACCAUGCGAUGCUGAGCGGCGGCGGAGGUGGAGGAGGAGGAGGAGGAGGGGGAAGCAGCCAUACCCACACUCAUAAGAUGUAUUACAUCCAGAAAAACUACGGGGACAUGAGCUCGGAAGGCUACACGUAAGUGCAACCAGUCUAGAGAUCUUCCAUCCUGAUCUUCGUAUUUUCCAGUUGGAAACAGACGCACGCGUUAAGGCGUGCAUUUGUAGCUCGCUGUUGCUAACCCGAAGCGGUUUAUGGAAUGGUUCCCACCCUUGAUUGUAAUCAAAGCUCUCUGAAUGUGAAUAAUAAAUCCAUCCAUUCAUUUGAUGCCGCCCCUCCCCACUUUCCACAUUGCACUUAAUUUAUCGGUGGAGAAGAUAGUGGUUGCAUUUGGAGUAUUUCCUCCGGGGCCUCUUUAAAAAGAAAAGUGAGCGCGCGGCGAAGUUGAGAACUUUUUGUUGCUGGUUCUCUGCAGGUUCUGUGUUUUGAAGUCUGGCUCAGUUGCUGUUUGUUGUUGGAUUUUAGAGCGGGGGGGAGGGGAGAGAAGGGGCUGAUGAGAACUCCUUGCAAGUGGGGGGUAGGGAGGAGGAAUGCUCGGGGGUUUCCACCAGUUACCUCAGCCCCAUUGAAAAUGUAAAGUUUCAUGGCGGCUCUUGUCCUUAUCUCUUACAUGCCUUUGGCUGAUAACCUCCUGGAUGAGUUCCAGCUAAGUUUUCCCAGAUAAGGAUUCUUUGCAGUAAAAGAGACUUCCUUUGUGAGUGGGAGUUGCCAAAAAUCGAGGCUGAGAACGUCUUCAUCCUUAUCCAGUUCUUUAAAGUGAUACAACUGCUGAAUGAUAAUUAAAUGUCACUAGCUUUCCCAUGAGAAAGACUUUCGAUUUAUUGCCCCGAGAAAGAAAAAUGUGUUAUGUUUUCCUGUUCAGAAGGCACUGCUGUUUACAAGAUAACAUGCACCUGUGAACCACUUCACACAUUACAUUUCCUAUGAAGCUUUUAAGUGCACCCAAAAGGUAUGCCACAAAUGUUUUCCAAACAAACGUAUCAGAUUUAUCAGGGAGCAGUGACUGACCUCAGCGUCUUGUGAAUUGUGCAGUCCUUCACAUGUGUAGUUCAGUAAACAUGCAUGUAGUGGGAAGCUGUAGACAUUUGUGACUCGACGGUGCUCAUACAUGCAGGUUGUGGUAUUUCUAACGUGGAAGUGCAUUCUGUAGAAGGAAAAAAUUGACAUAGGAAACAUUCCUUUGUCUUGCUUUAUUAUUUACAUUUGAUUGGUUUUCUUUGAACUGUGGCUCAUAAUGUGGUUUCAGUGGUGUGGUUCAGCUGUGGAAGAGGUGGACUAACUGUGAUGGGAGUGCUCUUCUGAGCAUUGCUCUUUUUACUGAGUCUGAUACCGUCCCACACAUUUUAUUUGCAGAUUAGAAGUUACCAACUUCUGAGGAAUGUGUUUUGCAGUUCAAGUUCGCAGAAAUUUCUUCCUCCUUUUCUUUUAACAAAGGCCAACUGCUUUGCUUAAUGAGUUUCAGCAGGUUUUUUUUUUAACUAUCUGGGUUGUAGUUUGUUAGACAGCUCAGAAAGGACUUUUCCUCUGCACCAUGGACACCUCCAGAUCCGUGUUUUACUACUGAAUUGUUGCUCUUGACACAAUCAUCAGGCACUACUCAUGGAUUGAUCCUACUUUAUUAGUUGUUUGGGAGUGCUUGCUCAAAUGCUUCCACUUCAAUGCUCUCAGCAGGAGCUAAAUUGCCACAAAAGGUGGGGGGAGGACUCCCUUUGCUAUGCAAAAUUAGGGGAUUUCAGCAGAAAGUUACUGAAUAAGUACUAGAAAUGAAGCAGGAUGACCAAGGCAAAACUUUUCCAGGUACAAAUCCGGGUUGCAUAUAGCUGCUCUGAUUAGCAUCAUGAGCUCAAAUCGUCAUGAAUGUGCAGUAAAAAUGACACCUGGAAGCUAUUCCAGUAAUGGUGCCGCAUUGGUGUGUGGUGUUCUAGGAAUGUAAAAAUUCCCAGAGGAAUGUAGAUAAGCUGCUAUAGGAAACGAAGGACAAGUUGAUCUGUCGGCAUGAAUGAUAAAAAUACAAGUUCACAGUCCACCUUGCAACGCAGCUGUUUACUUUUUCGGAACUUGGGCUGCACUUUCUGUGUGGGCGUGUAUCCACAGGCAGCUGGUAAAACAGCGUGCUUGUUUUCAAGUCCCCCUAAUGUGUUCUGUGUUUGAAGAAUCAUUCCAUUCUCAUCCCCACCCUGCCCCAUAACCCUCGGCACUUUAUUUCUUCUGCUUUGUUUAUAUUGCUUCUCCCCCCCCCCCCAAUCCUCCCGAGAAACUGGGUGUAGGCAGCUUAGCAGGGCAGCUUCAUAUAUAUAUAUUACCUAUUUAUUUGCAGUAUUUACCGUAUAUACCACCCAAUGACAAAAAAAGUUCUCUGCAAGGCUUAUAAGCAAAAUUAAAACAGUAACAUACAAUAAAGCAAAGUGACAACAAAUCCAAAACAGACUAUAGCAGCAGAGGAUAACAUCAGUACAAGUGAUCUGAAAAAGGACUAAAAUUAUAUUUCAGAUUGAAAAGCCUGGGAAAAUAAAUUAUUCACCUGAUGCUGAAAAGACCAUAAUGGAAAUUUUACAUACAUUGUUCAUGUGCAAUAUAUCGAGUUUGAACCACGUCAUACAUCAGAACAGUUGCAGUAGUGUAUUUUUGCGUGGAAGCAAAUCGUAUCAGCAUUUGUGGGUCUUGUAAAAACUCCAGCAGAAGUGUUGCCUCAGUGGUAUGCACUCAGAAUAUAUUUGCUUAAGGCUAGAAACCUAAACUCUUCUUCAAGUUGGGAUACAUAACCUAAUUCAUCCUAAAUUGUUAAUCCCCAUUUUACAGAUGGGGAAUGGAGGUUGAAAGAGAUCUGCCUUAAAAGUACUCACUGAGUGAGUUAAAAGUAUUGAGUUAGGAUAAAUGGGGUUAAGUUCCCAGUCUAUUGAAUCAUGCCUUUCUCUUGAUAACAGCAGUAUCUAGUGGGAGAUGUGCCCGUGUGAAUGAAAUCUCACAAAUCAACACAUGGGUAGAGCUUUCAUAUGUUACAUCACCACAAACGCAAUGUUCUUCAGUGGAAUCAGUUCAUAUAUUAAGUACAUAAGGUAUGUGCACCAGUUCUAGCGGUACAGUUCUGGAGCAUUCUGGGCCCAGUUCUUCCCUUCUAGAAAGUAAGCCUUAAUGACCUUGGAAAACGUGAGGAUUCCCUAUAUAUAUGGACAUUCAGCCACCCCCCACAACCGGCUAGCUCAGCAACAGCUAUGCAGAGGCAAGAUAGUAUUUAGCAUAUGCAGUACAAUCUGUGAUCAUGGGCAGGCACUCUUGUGGAUGUGGAAAAUGGCAGCAAUGCAGCAGGUUAAAUAUUUUGCCAGGCUGAUUAAUUUCACCUGUUGGAUUUUUACUUGUCAUGUAGCUGUUAAGUGCACAGGAGCCCUGAAGGAAUUAAACCUGGCAACCAUACACAGGAUUCCAGGAACUUUUCCUCUCCAUUGGAAUUAAUACCAUGAUGCUUAUAUGGGUGUUGAAAAGUUCAGGGCUCUAUAAGUAUAGGUUGACUUUAGCAGUCAUGGUUCUUCAUCUCAUUAUUACUCUUCCUUUUGUGUAGGACUGAAUAACUGAAGGUGCUCUGAGCUGUUCCAUCAUUUUUUCCAGUGUGCUGCUGUUGCAGAUCAGCUCCUUUGUGCUUGUGUGGCUGAACAGGGCCACCAUACAAGCCUGUUGAUAAAUAAGACUUCAGUCCUAACUCCACAUACCAUGGAAUACUGUUGAAUCCAAUAGAACUUGCUUCUGAAUAGACAUGGUUAGGACUGCAGCCUAACUGAAGGUAUGCAACAGAUGUUCCUGGUUCAUUAUGACCCUAGUUUGAAUCCCUGUAUAAAAAAUGCUGUACAAGUAGAUAUGCUAAACUAUUUAUAUAAUUUUGUACUUUUUCUGUUGCACAACUGGAGGCUAAGUUUAGCGCUGGUUUCCACAAAUUUAGUAUCUUGCAGAGCUUUAUUACAGGAAGUUGAGUUACUUGUGAGUAUAAUUUGGUGCCUAAAUUAAUAAAGGAAUGCUGCCUCCGUAUUGUUUCAAAAGGAGCUGCCCGCUUGUUUGUUAAUCAGUGAUUUACUAGUUAGAACUGCACAUAGUAUUGCAAGUUUCGCAAUGUCUUGUUUUCUUGUAUUUCACAGGUUAAACCUUAUCUGGGCCCAAAUUGGAGUCUGAUUACAUGGCAGAUUUACACCCUUGUCAGCCCAGCAAAAGCUGCCAGAAAUUUAAUUACUAUCCUAUGUAACCUCAGAAGAAUGUUUCAAGAUAGACCUUGCUUUUGUCUUUAGUGACAGCAUAGCUUAUCCAUGAAUUCAUCCCAUGAGUUCCCUUGCUGAAAUUAGUUCAGAUUAGAUUAGUAAACCUGGUACCAGAGGAAGUGCAGUAGGCAAUAGAAGGCUGUAAAAACAGUAACUCCUAUCCUUCCGACAACUAGUGAUUUUCCUGAAAAGCAUGCAGCAUUUCAGAGGGGCCCUUGUUAAGCACAGAAUUCAGUGCAUUUUUUCUUUAUUUCUCUUUGUUCCCUUUUUGCCUGCAAAAACUUCGGAAACCUUGCACACUUCUCGGAUAUGAGUCUUGAGGAUCAGGCGUUUAGCCCAUUUAUUAUUUUUUUAUGAACUGCAUUCAAACAGAAAUACUGCUCUGUGUGUGUCUGUGUGAGUGAGAGAGAAAUAUGGAAAUUUAAAUGCAAAAGUGACGAUACUUCCAUCUGAGUUUCAGCAUAGUUACCUUUGGGGCGGAGUCUCUGUCCUGCCGAGGCUUAUUCUGUCGCCCUUUGUUCAUUUUAUUAACUAGUACCUUGCUCAGGUAGCAUUGCCAGCCUCUCCCUGCCCUGAGGGCUUGAGCAAGCUGUCUCUGUAAUGUUCCCAGCUUCUGUAACCCUGGGAACUGAGGAAGAGGGUGGUUUCUGUGGAACCUCAAUUGACAGGGAAUUACACUGCUGCCCUCAAUUGCCAGCCUGUUUCUGCAAUUCAGUUAAAAAAUUUUUUUUUAUAACACCCUUAGCACUGUUUUAAACCAGCAAUCCCUUUGAAUUGUGUACACUGCAGAGCACAAUAGUUAAAGCUACUCCCAGUAGGUUUGAGAGAAACCAAAGGUCUUUAUAUACCUCUUACGCAGGCAUAGGCAAUCUCGGCCCUCCAGAUGUUUUGGGACUACAACUCCCACCAUCCCUGACCACUGGUCCUGUUAGCUAGGGCUGAUGGGAGUUGUAGUCCCAAAACAUCUGGAGGGCCGAGUUUGCCUAUGCCUGCUCUAGUGGUGUUGGCUUCUGUAACUACAGGGUAGUGCUUGCCUCCUGUCGACACACAGUCUUUGCGAGUAUUUACUCGACGAACAUCCGCAGCACUAUGCUAUUUGUACAGGUGUGUGUUGACGGGGGGCAGGUGGUCCCCAUAUUUAUUUUGCUCAGAUCUUUAGCCAGUUUGAUGUAGGAUCCACAACAGUGAUGCUGAAUGAGAUUAAAAUGAUGGUGCACCAUGUGGUAGAGCAGUGUGGGUUCCCAAAUUGUGGUCCAUGGAUCACUGAUGGGUCACAAGCCUCAUUGAGGAAGUCUGUGGCAUGUCCUCAUUCAAUGUCCAUAUUGUUUUUUAAUUGUAUUUCCCCCUCUGCUCUGCAACAUCUUCCGUUUCUUAAUGUUGCAUGCGUUUUAAUGGUGUUAAAAUUAGAAUUCUAUGAAAUGCGAAUUGCAAUACAAUAAAAUGCAAGGAGCAAUAAAAAGACAAUUUAAAAAAAUGUACAGCAUCUGGCACAGCACAUUACAUUUGUGACACACACCAUUGUAAUAAUUAAGAGGUCCACUAAGACCAUCAACAAUUUCCAGGCCUACGUUGGGGGGAAACCUUGGGAACCACUGUGAUAGAGCACUGAAUAAUUAUGAUGAUAAAACAUGUCUGCUGAAAAUAUUAUGAUUCUGUACUUAGUACAGUACUUAAAAAAUAAAUAAAUCCUGCCCUGCCCCAUGUAGUUCAGAGUACUCACCUAUUUUCUCUUAACUACAACCCUGCAAGGUAAGCUAAGAGAUAGUAACUGGCCUAAUGUCACCUAUUGAUUUUGCUGGCUGUGUGGAAAUUUGAACCUGGGUCUCUCGAGUCCAAACUCUUAACCACUACAUCCCUCUCACAGCUUCUCCUCCUCACCACCCCAGACCCCCAUUUAGGCUUGAAAACAUCUGUCUACUGCCACCAGCAGAAGGUUAUUUUCAAGCCUAAUUCCAGCAUGUAGCUUCUUGAUCUCUUUACCUGGUGCUUUUAUAACAGGAUGGCCAUCUUCAGCCAGGGGAUUUUCUCCAUCAUGCUGUUUGGAGGUACAGAGGUUUAUAGAAUAAUUUGCACGCGUUGUCUUAGAAAUCCUACCAGUGACAUAUACCGAGGUCAAGGUUAUUAAGUAGCUUGCAUCAGGUUACCUAGAGAGUUCGUGGCAAUAUUUACCUAGGGAUUUCCUGCCUCACAAUUCGCGCUCCCAGUCACCAUGUUACCACUGUUCAAUACCCCACCCCCCAGUAACUGUUUCCUUUAAAGUUGGUCUGCAUAAGGUUUCCAAGUGUAUGGUACCUGCAUUGAUACUUAACAAUCAUAACAGCCGCUUCAGAAUCUGCUGUAGCAAAUGUCCUUCCGAUGUAACUUGCACAGGCAAGUCGGAAUAGCAGACUGAACAGUCAUGCAAAGACCAGAAUUGCAGCUUAAUUUUUAAAAAAAGAAAUUGGGAUCUUCCUAUGUCUCCGUUUUCAGAGCCCUGCCCUGUGUGAAUAAAUACACCAAGUCUCUUCUUUGCUAAUAAAGGAAGGCUGCCACCCCAUCACGAUAUCCCAAGUUGUGUGUUAGGAGUGUCCUGUAUAUGCCGUGACUAAUGAAAUGAUCACACGAUAAAAAGCAGAGAGCAGAAUCUGCAUGCCAAGUACUCUUCAAUUGUACAUAGCUAAUUAUUGCAGGUGGGUUAGCUCAAGAGAGGGAGAGAGAAAUGAUAAUAAUAAAAUAAACCCACUAGAAGCAAAGAGUGCUGCAACACAGUGAAUCUUUAGUCAUGAGGAACUACAAGAGGGAUAAGCCUUUCAUUAGAAAAAUGGGCGAGGCCUCUUUGCCACAGACUCUGGGAGAGCUGCACAUGAAGCAUUGUCAAAAAGUUGGGUGUGCUGAGGCAGCAUGCUUGAUGCCCAGAUAUUGUGUCAUCAACUGUGAUGAUUCUCUUUUAAGUCAAAUGAUAUGGGGUACACAGCCCUAAAGGAGUGAAGCCAAUGUGUCAUAGUGGAAAGGCUGCAACACAAAGAAGUCCUGUGUUUAAAUCCCUAUUCGGGCCCAGAUUUUUAGUCUGCUACUCUCUUAACCAUGGCAAAUGGAUCAGAAGUAGGUUGUGGGCUUGUAUAAUCCUCCUUUUAAUCACCAUUCAGUAUUACUUACGCACUGUUGCUAACCAUGGCGAACACUUAAAAAGGUUGUUUCUUGAUCAAGGUCUUGCAUGCCGACUUUAACUCUCAUUUCAAGAAUUGGUUGAAAGAAUUGGGAACCAUAGUUAGCGAUGGUUUGCAUGUAAUGCUGAACCAUGGUUAAGGAGAACAAAGCAAGGGGAAUUCAUGCUGGAGAGUAACUAUGCUAGGAAAGUGCAGGGAACUACAGUGGGGGAUAACGUCACUGGAUAAUCCCUGGGAAGAUUAAAUGUUUUGUUUUGCUGUUACGAUUCUCCAAAGCUAAGAAUGGGCAGUGUUUUGUGUGACCUCAGGCUGUUGUUAGCAUUUUAAAAAGGAAGUAAAGUUCUUUACGAUUGCAGAGACAGGUUUGCCUUAUUUAUUUAUUUAUUGGAGCAAUUUAUUAAUUGCUUCAUUUUUAAAAAACAAUGUAUAAAAGGUAUAAAAUUUGUAAUUAUCCAAAUAGCCUCCAACCUAUUAAAAAAAACCAAGCAAACAGGCUGCUUGGCACAUUCCUGGGUUAGUUUUGAAAGGGACAGACAUUGGAUCCGUCUUAUUUGUGCCAUUUAACCUUUUAAAAGUUUAAGAAACAAAACCAGUGGAAACCUAAUCAUAGCAGCAUUCUGCAGCUGAUGUGGAAUGGGUGUGUGAACUCUUUCAAAAUAGUGAUUACUAAUGGUGUAGAUUUACACUUGAUUUUCAUUUCUGUGCAAGUUGCAUUCAACCACAGUUGUAAAUGCCAACAAAUUUUUAUACAGGGGUUUAAUCUUUUCGGUGGGGGAGUAUCCAAUCUUGGGGGGCAGUGAAGUUCACAGUUGUGUAUGUUUAAGGUCGCUUUGGGAUUUAAAAAAGGAUAAGAAGAAUGUGAUGGAUCAUGGCUGUGUGAACAAUUGAUAACUGGGACUCUUUAAGAACAUCUCCACCAGUAGAUAAUUUUUAAUCAGAUGUGUCUGACAGGUACUUUAGAAGAGAAUCUUGGCAGACCUUAGAGCAGGUAUAGGCAAACUCCGGCCCUCCAGAUGUUUGGGACUACAGUUCCCAUCAUCCCUGACCACUGGUCCUGUUAGCUAGGGUUGAUGGAAAUUGUAGUCCCAAACAUCUGGAGGGCUGAGUUUUCCUGUGCCUGCCUUAGAGAGCCCCGCAGUGGGACAGAGCACAUUGUAUGAUACACUUGACAGUGAGGAGUCCUGUCCUCAGGGAUCCAUGGCAUUUCCCCCAGCUCUUUCUAUUCAUUUUGGAAUUAGAGCAUCUCCUGAAAUGUUCUGUACCUCUGCUCUCAUAUAUUUACCCACCUUAAGACAGUGGUAAUACGUUGCAUCAAUAUACAGAAAAAUUAAUGCACAUAAUAACUGCUUAACUCCCUUUUUCUCUACGCCUUCUAGGCUACAUUAUUUCUUUAAGGGUUACCAUGUGUAAUUAAUGUCAGAAGUUACUGUUGCCUGCAUUAUCUCCAAGUGAUGCAUCAGUGACUGUACAAAGUCCUUCAAUGAUUUAAUCAUGGCAUACAGUAUUCCCCCUCCCCGCCUUUGCAUCUGACUUCUUUUAUCCAGGGUGCCUUUCAUUGUAAUCCCAUGCUUGUUCAGACAGGUUGGUUGGGAGGUGAAAAUAGAAAGCACAGUUCCUUUUUUUCACAUGGGAGAAUUGCUUAAUUAUUUAAAUAUGAGCAAUAAGAAGUUGCAACUAAUUCUUGUUAUGCACGUGCACGCACACACACACACACACAGAGAAGUAGCUUAUCUAAAAGCAACACUUAAAAGUAGUUUUUAACCAUUCCUAAAAUUUAAUAGUAGUCAAGAGUUUUGCUUGUGGGGCCCCACCUGAGUACUACUUCCCUGAGGUUUCUUCCUAGGGUGGUGUAGAGUUGUCUGCCCACCCCACCCACAUCCAAGGAAGGGUGUGUGUCUGGGUAGGGCUCAUAGGCAGCCAUUUAAGAGUUUACAAUCUAAAUAAUAAUAAUUAGGGCCAGCUAGUGAUCAGCCUUUGUGUGAAAGCGUAAAAAAUGAGAGGAGUCCUAUUCCCAUUUACCUCAAACUCAAACGGACUCCACUCAGGGUGGAGCAACUGUAUCACAUCUGUGCAUACCUGGGCAUGCAUUCUCACAUGCGCACACUUUGCUCUGACCUUUCCAUACAAGUUGGACAACUUCUGUACGUACAGCUGAAUGAAUUGGGCUAUGCACACUCAUGUUAGCUGCCUCAUGCAGUAAGCCCAAAGCACUUUGCUGAGCUAGGCCCAAGUACGGAGCAAAAACCAGUCCUUUUUUUGGUGAUAUUCUUUCUCUGUGACACUUGGGGUGCAUGGACCGUUUACAAAGGGGGACAUGAAAAAUCUGACAGGUGGCUGUUGCUGAAAGUAUGCAAAAGUUGUUGAUUUGCAAACAAAAAAUGACACCUAGCAGUUCAAAAACGCAUGCAGGGAGAAUGGUAGGAAAUGAAUAUUUUCAUUAUUUCAGCAGAAAUGUUUCAUUUACUCUCUCUUCCCCCCACAGUGCAGGAUAUUGUUGGCUCCUCUGUUCAUUCAAGGAGGGGACGUACACAAAAUGAAUCGAAAGCUUCCUUUGCUUUCUUCCAGUCCCUUACCUGAAUUCUGGGCCAACAAACGCCAGUCUCUUAUCUGAGUGCUGGAUCAACACAUAUAGGUGGUCCUUCCUAUAAUGCCCUUGCUCUGAGCUGGAGGGAACACAAUUUCCUCAACAAUAACUGUGAGCAAUCUACUCGCAAAGCCUCCUGUCACCCCUUGAUUGAGUUCUACCUACCCUUUAGGAGGCAUGCCUAUAAACUUCACUUUAUGGCUCACAGUGGCAUCAAGGUGCAUUAUGGAUGCUGGUAGAGUUUACAUUUUCAUGGGAGAAAAUAGGUGGCUGCUUGUACUUCUUUGGGGGUUCACAGACUGCUUUGGGGGUCCACCUCUCUGCUUUUUCUCUUCUGCCUACUUCAAGGGCUUUGUCUAAAGUGGGAGGAUGGGCAUGAGAAGCAGAUAGACUGGAGAAGGCAUCAGCAGGAACUCUGCGUACACGAGGUCACAUAGGUGCCAUGUUUCUCCUUAGAAGUCUUCUCCAUUUGGCCUGGAAGGCAGACUUGACAGAGCCAAGCCCACCUGUGCUUCACCUGGCAUCUUACAAUGCCAUGCAUGGAACAGGUGAAGCCACGACACCCAGUUCCAAAAGAAGAAUCUGGAAGAUUUAGGAACCCUGCUUGAAAAAGUCGUUUCUGAGUUUGGUUCCUUUUUCUGUCAUCCUGCACGGCAACAAUGCAGCAAUGUUAGAAAAAAUAGUACGCAAUUCACGUAAGCGACACCUUGUUAAUAUCACCUUUUUAGCAGAAACUGUUAGCGUUUUAGCAGAAAUUUGGUGUUUACAAUAAAAAUAUUGGCAAAUACUUCAGUUUUCAAAACACUCUGCUCUUUAUUGUUGAACUCUUGUAACAUGUUGUCUGUCCUUAACAUUUGAGACUUCGAAGCACAUACGUUUCAGUAAUCCUUGAGUGCUAGCCAGGUGCAAAAAAUGGCACCCAGACUUUUUGAGGUGCUCGCAAAUGGAGAAUCUUUAGGCGCAAAAUGCUAAUUUCGAAGUCUGAGUGCAAGUGUCAAACCUAGCAGUUGCUCAAACAUCACCUAUUCACCUUUCCCCAACCUUACUUAUUCUUUCUAUAGCUGGUGCCCCAUGAUAUUCUUGUAAAGAAGCUGGUAAAAUGCGGUCUUGACUAUGCUACCACUCAGUGGAUUUGUAACUGGCUGACUGACCGAACCCAAAGGGUGCUCAUCAAUGGUUCCUCUUCAUCCUGGAGAAGAGUGACUAGUGGGGUGCCACAGGGUUCUGUCUUGGGCCCGGUCUUAUUCAACAUCUUUAUCAACGACUUGGAUGAUGGACUCAAGGGCAUCCUGAUCAAAUUUGCAGAUGACACCAAACUGGGAGGGGUGGCUAACACCCCAGAGGACAGGAUCACACUUCAAAACGACCUUGACAGAUUAGAGAACUGGGCCAAAACAAACAAGAUGAAUUUUAACAGGGAGAAAUGUAAAGUAUUGCACUUGGGCAAAAAAAUGAGAGGCACAAAUACAAGAUGGGUGACACCUGGCUUGAGAGCAGUACAUGUGAAAAGGAUCUAGGAGUCUUGGUUGACCACAAACUUGACAUGAGCCAACAGUGUGACACGGCAGCUAAAAAAGCCAAUGCAAUUCUGGGCCUCAUCAAUAGGAGUAUAGCAUCUAGAUCAAGGGAAGUAAUAGUGCCACUGUAUUCUGCUCUGGUCAGACGUCACCUGGAGUACUGUGUCCAGUUCUGGGCACCACAGUUCAAGAAGGACACUGACAAACUGGAACGUGUCCAGAGGAGGGCAACCAAAAUGGUCAAAGGCCUGGAAACGAUGCCUUAUGAGGAACGGCUAAGGGAGCUGGGCAUGUUUAGCCUGGAGAAGAGGAGGUUAAGGGGUGAUAUGAUAGCCAUGUUCAAAUAUAUAAAAGGAUGUCACAUAGAGGAGGGAGAAAGGUUGUUUUCUGCUGCUCCAGAGAAGCGGACACGGAGCAAUGGAUCCAAACUACAAGAAAGAAGAUUCCACCUAAACAUUAGGAAGAACUUCCUGACAGUAAGAGCUGUUUGACAGUGGAAUUUGCUGCCAAGGAGUGUGGUGGAGUCUCCUUCUUUGGAGGUCUUUAAGCAGAGGCUUGACAACCAUAUGUCAGGAGUGCUCUGAUGGUGUUUCCUGCUUAGCAGGGGGUUGGACUCGAUGGCCCUUGUGGUCUCUUCCAAUUCUAUGAUUCUAUGUCCAUACUUGAUUUUACAAUCUAUGCUGGCUAGUUUUGGAAACAACCAGCGCACACUCACACACCCAACAGACUCAUAGUGGCUUUGGAAUUGCAGUCAUACCUUGGUUCUCAAAAGGAAUCCGUUCCAGAAGUCUGUUCGACUUCCAAAAAUGUUCCUGCACUCAAUCGGAAGCUGCGUCGGACACUCAGCUUCCAAAAAAUGUUUGCAAACCAGAACACUCAUUUCCAGGUUUGCGGCGUUCAGGAGCCAAAAAGUUUGAGUCUUAAGACGUUCGAGAACCAAGGUACAAAUGUAUAAUAAUGGCUAACUGUGGCAACAGAAAUAAGCUGCUGUGAACUUCAAAUAAAUGUACUCCUCCCCUUUUCUCUCUUCCAGCUGAGAGGAGAUCAGAAGCUUUCACUUGUGUAUUUGAUUAGCUGCAGUUUAGUGUUUCAUCCAAACCGUAAAAGUCCGUCAUUCAAAACUAUGGUUUGUUGAAACUUGGCAGCUUUGUUGUCCAAGAUGUGAAUUGACGUGUUUCAGCAAACCAGAUUUUCUCCGGAUUUGAACAUUAUGACAAAUUGUGUUUAAUAAAAAAUGCAAGUGGAAGCUUCUAUCGCUUCAUGGUUGUACCAGAGGAGGAAAGGGGGGAGGCCUGUGCUAGCCUGGGGCUCUCGAAUGUUUUUUCCUGUAGUUUAUUACUAUGUCUGAAAGCAAGCAGUACCACUGGCAUCUGUGACAGUAGCUUAGAACACAGUUCUUUUCAUAUGAUUCACCCCCCUUUUUUAUGUAGUGACUUUGCUGUAUCAGUUCUCUGUGUCGCGGGUUUCAUUUGCGCACACCCAUGUGUGCUUAAAUCUGGAACUUGCCACAUGAGAGAAAUCUAUUGAAAAAUACCCCCACAGCAACAUAGUAAAUGCUAGAGUUCCACCGGUAACUGAAAUGGUCAUCCCGCUGAAAUGGUCACAGUGCAAAACUGAUGUAGAAGAGCCAGGCCUUGGGAAAAGUGACUGUAAACAUCUUUCCAAGUUCAAGACUGAAUCACAUAUGCACGUGUAACAGCACGUGAAAAUGAUUUUGGGUUGCACUCAAUGCUAGUUGUAGUCAGAGUCAGGGUGGAUUUGAUUUAAAUCACGAUUUAAGUCACUAGUCAGUAAGACUUGAUUUAAAUCACUAGUCAGUAAGACUUGAUUUAAAUCAAUUCUUUUUACAGAAAGACUCAUUCUUGCUGGUAUAAUCUUAAUAAUUACAACCAGAUGAAUGUUUCAUUUUUGAAAUUUUCAGAGUAGUUUUUACAGUUAUAUCAAAAAUUACUGAUUUGGUUAUACUAUUAGAAAUACAUUGACAGAUAAUUAUGAAAUUAUUGUGAGGUUUAAUAAGUUAACUGUUUAUAUUUGGACAACUUUUCUGCUGUACUUUAUUGGAAGGAGAAAAAUAAUCAUUUCCUGAGUAAUAAUUUAAACAAUGUAUUUAACUAAAACAAUAACAUUGUAGCAUAUGUAUCAAUGUUUGUUAACUGAUGUGGUUAAAUGUUUUUUUUUAAAAAAAACAGACUGAGUUUUAGUACACAUGAAAAACUUAAAACAAAUCCUUAUUUCCUGAUGAAUAGCCUUUGGACUAUAAUGUAACUUAAAUAGAAAACUAUCUUUAGAAAUAUUUUUGCUCCAAAAGCAUUUUAUUUUAAAAUCCGAUUUAAAUCAAAAAAUCCAAUUUAAAUCAAAACUGAUUUAAACUUUUUUUUAAAAAAAUUGAUUUUUUUAUUUUUUUUAGACAAUCAUUGAUUUUUAUCCACCCUGGUUAGAGUAGACCUGCUGAAAUUAAUGAACAUGCCUCACUUAAUUUCUGUUUCUUUUUUCCUACUCCUUUACUUCGUUCGAUCAUACAUAAGAGCCUACUUUAAAUUUGGAGGGGUAGCCCUUGCUGUCAUAAGAAGAAAGUCAUUUAGAGGCUGCAAAGUUUGGCAGAUAUUAAAAGUAUUGUGCAUUUGAACUGCAGUGGCUGUUUUGCAUAUCCAGUUGUCACUUGAUGUUUAAUUCAUUGCUUUAUGAACUUGCAUGUAAAUCCAUAAUCGCAUUGAAGUCACUAGGUGAGCAAUACACAUGCUGACUGUAAUAAUUCACUCGUUAAAUUAUUAUUAUUGUUAUUGUUGUUACGAGAGAGCUCUUGAAUCUGAGUGCACAGGAUAGAAUUUAGCUUACGCUGCAGAAAAUAAUCAGUACAAGGGAAUGUACUUAGCCAGCUGGAUUAAGCUUGGAAGUUUGUUGGUUUACUAAAGUAUCUGUUUUAAUAGAGGUGCUUCGAUUUGGGAAAUGCCUGAGCUUGUUGGGAGAGCUCUGAUGCCAUCAGCGAGGUGUGGCUCCUAGUUUGCAGCACCUCACCCAUAGACAACUAGUGCAGGCUUGCACCUGUGGCUGAACGCAGCAUGACCAAACACUUGCAAAGCAGCCUCUCUCACACAGCUAUCCUUUGUGUAUAUUAUAUAUAAAGUGGCCUUUGAAGCAGAACGCCUCUUCCUUUAACAGGGAGGUUGUUUCAAAAUGCACUUUGUGCUGCCCCUAAAAUAAGUAGGCAAGGGACUUUAAUCUCUGCUCAUCGGUUGAUGACCAAAGAUGAAAUCCUGUUGUCUAGGCUUUGUGAUCCUGUUCGCUGCUGGGAACAGAGGAGUGAAGGAGUAAACCCUAUCCUUCCACCCAUCAGCUGACAGAACCAGGGACAUCAGCUGGUGGGUGUUUGGGGGAAAUGGCCUGGUGAGCUACAUUCAACAAGCCAGAGGUUUCCCAACCUGGUAGCAUACAUUUUUAAAAACAAGUUAUCCAAAGCUAGUAGUAUCUUCUCUACUGUACUGGUACAUUUUACCUACAUAAAAGGAGAUUUUCUAAGCAGACUACAUUACUAAGCUGUUCCUGUUAGAAGCACGAUUUCCAGAAUGUAUUUUUCUGCCUUGAAAGUAAUAGAAUAAUAGAAUUGAAGAGUUAUUUAGUCCCACUCCCUGCAGCAGUGCAGGAUUCUCUUGCCCAGCGUGGGGCUCAAACACAUGAACCUGAGAUUAAGAGUCUCCUGCUCUAUUGACGGAGCUAUCCCAGCUCAGUCUUCCAGUUGACAAUACAGAAUUCCAAAAGAUGGUUCUCUUGGACUGUUACCACAAUGGAAUCAUUGUGUCUGAAAAGACAGAUUAAGUCUUGGGUACGGAAUUCCUCUAAUUAUACUGAAUGUGUUUUGAGCUCAAAUGGAAAGAACCACAUUAUUGGGUUCCAAACAGGCUUUCUGAAUCCACUCUGAUCCCUUCUCCUUGGACGUAUAUAAUCCCAAGCUCCCAAACUGUUUCUGAAUAUCUUGUUCAGGAUAGGAUCAGUUUACUUGGGAAUACUGUUCUGGAUAAAACUUCAGUAGUGGCAGAAGUUUACAUUAUGUAUUGGCUUUCUUCUUUCUUAUUACAAAACCUUGUCAUGCCUGGGCCCUUAGGCGCUGUUACAUAAAAGCUGGUUGGCAAUACCCUCACCAAGAUGCCACAUACAUGAAUCUGGAAUAGUAUCUUGUUUUGUAGAUUGGUUGAGAAAGCAAGGUCUGUAUUCUCUGUCUGGUUAAAUAUCCAUAACAGGUUCAGAAAAUCAGGUACAGGUUUCAGCUUGAGCAUUUAUCAUCAUCAUAUCAUCACCACCAUCAGUGCUCUUAAUGCUUUGUAGUGUAAUGUAAGUGAACCCCUGUCCCAAGAUUCUUUUAGCCUAAAUUUAGACAGUUCAGAGAGGAGGUAACAGAGGAGUUGGCCAAGGAUAACAAGGGAUGGGUAUAAAACCAAAUACAGUGGUGUGUGCUUUGGCUUCAUUUGAAAUGAGAUCUUGGUUCAGAUUUCACAGAAGAAGGAGGGAUUUGAAGGAAGACAGCUGGUGUCAUAUAUAAUUCUGCAGGAAUUUACAGAAUGAUGGGUUAGAAGGGAGAAUGGACUGAGCAGUUUUGCACUUGAGUAUUCCGGCUGUCCUGGUCUUCCUGUGUGUUUCUAGGCUAGACUAAGAAUGUCUGUUUCAUACACCAUUCAUCCUUGUGUUUGUUUCAUUGGCAGAAUGGUAACCACAAGCCAGUGUUUAUUUAUUUUUUACUUAGCUCACAUUCCCACCGUGGUUUUUAUGAGGCUGCAGACUCAGCAUUGUAACUCUUUUGUGUGUGACACACAGACACAAAGGAGGGGUGAGUGUAUCAAGGAGAAUCUCUGUGAAGCCGCACAGGUUACAACACUUUAAUUUGAAUAAGGUGUGCUGCUUGCCUUGGGAAAUGCAUUUAAAAUCCAUGAUUAAUUAUAUCUGUGUGAUUAAUUCUCGGCCUCUCUUUCUCCUUCCCUUAGCCACAAUGGAACCGGCACAAUGUCCAGGCGUCAAAACACCAUUCAAGACCUCCUGCAAAAUUGCUCCGAUUGCCUCAUGCGUGCCGAACUCAUAGUGCAGCCUGUAAGUCUUGUUCCAUUGCUGAACCUAUAUGAAUGCUAACCUGGGAGAUGCUGUUUCCCCAUUCUGAAUGAGCAAGCGAGAACGCAGACCUCAGAAAAAGUGCUGUGGAACAGUUGAUUACAGAGGUUGCCUGCUUUUUAAGACUUGUGUGCACUUCUGGUUUUUUUUUAAUAAGUUCUGUGGGUGCCAGUCCCUCUAGUCACUUCUUUCCCUGCUCCCCCGGAUCAGCUGCACUCUCGUGAGAUGGAAAAAGAGAGCAAGUGCACACAAACGUAGUUUCAUUUUUCCAAGGUAGAAUUCAGUAGAAUUAACCAGAGUAGAAAGAGUGUCGUCCUCCAGUUCAAGGAGAAAAAGUAUGAUCUUAUGAUCAAAGGAGUAGUUGGGGGUCGGGGAGCUCAGGGGCUUUGUAGGCACCAAGAAGAUGCUUCAAGGGUUCCGUUGCACCCAUGUUGGUGACCCCUGGGUUUAUUCGGAAGGAAGGAAGAGAGGUUCUGUGGCUUAGUGGUGCAGCACCUGCUCUGCAAACUCAAAGGUUCUAGGUCAGCCUUUCUCAACCUGUGGGUCCCCAGAUGUUGCUGAACUACAACUCCCAUCACCCCUAGCUAGCAAGGCCAGAGCUCAGGGAUGAUGGGAGUUGUAGUCCAACAACAUCUGGGGACCCAUAGGUUGAGAACUGCUGUUCUAGGUUCAAUCCUUGGUCUCUCCAGUUACGAGGGAUUAGCUAGCAGGAGAUGUAGAAGACUUUGGCUAAAGACCCUUGAGAGCUGAUACAUAUCAGAUUAGGCAGUGCUGUACUAGAUGGACAAACAGUAUGGUUUGGUGUAAGGCAGCUUCCUGUACAAAACAUACCUAACUGUCCAAAUAUGAGAGAGAGAGAGAGAGAGAGAAGGCAGUAUGACUAUAAUAGCAUGUACAUUUAUUUACACCCUCCCCCAGUUCAUCCCAAGAAAGAGCAUAUUAAUGCCUACUGGUUCCUGUAUACACACACAUCUGUUUAAUAAACAGAAUCACAGCUCCAUGUUGAGGUCUGCCUUCUUACUUGCUCCUCUGCUGCUGGUGCCCUGCCUCUUCUUUUUCAGGAUUCACUGUUUUCACAGCUAGGUUUCUAGGACAGCUUUCUAGGUUGCUUGCAGAAACGCCUAUUAAGAAAACGCCCUCUCAGCUGGUAGAACAUAAUCUCAGAAACAAUUCUAGGAGGAAUGAAGUGGCCAUCCAAGCGGCCAAUUACCAGGGAAUAAGGUUGGGAUUGACUUGGUAUAUAAAACAUAACCCAGUCUUGCAGGUGACUGUUCAGGGGGAAUGAUUGCCACUUGUCCAUCUGGCCAGUUGCUCUCUACUUGGUUAGGCCUCAAUUCUCCAAGGAGGUCAUAUCCAGCUCUGCCUUAGCCAAGCUGCUUUUGAGCGGCUAUUACCACUGGCCUGAAAGUGAGACCUUAUUUAACAGAGCCUUGCUAUGAAACCUGCAAGUGCAAUUUGUUCAUUCUCCUUCCUAGCCUCAGAUGUUGCUAGGCCUUUAACAAAUGGCGUUUCCCUGCAGUGCUACCAUCCUGGUGUUGAAAGGAAGGCAGGAAUGAACCAAGAGUUAAUGGGCAAAAGCUCCCAAGCACCUGAGUGGCUCACACAGGACAGCUUCCCAGGAGAUUGUACCCAGCAGAUCCUUCUUUAGACCACGCUUGUCACUUGUUUCUGUACCUGGUGUAGUUUAGGCGUAAUGAUAAUGAUAAUGGAUAAUAGCAACGAUAAAUAAUACGCCACAUAUAUUUCAAAUAUUAGCUGUUUCAUGGGUUUCAGUGCAUUACCGACAGAAAACUUGCAGCAUUAAAAAAAUCUGGAGUUUAGAACAUCCUACACACGUUGCCUCCUGCUAUCACAUUAUUUUUGUGGUGGUGGUGGGGCUUUUGAACCAAAUAUGGUGAUUUUUUGUUUGUUUCCUUUCACUUAGGAGCUGAAGUAUGGGGAUGGUAUCCAGAUUAGCAGGAACCGAGAGCUGGAGGAGUGCUUUGCUCAGGCAAAUGAGCACAUGGACAUCCUCGAUGGGCUGAUCAGAGAGAUGAGGCAAAUGGGGCAACCCUGUGAGCUGUACCAGAAAAGGUACCACAUUCUGUUUUUGUCUCCUGGCUUUUCCCCACAGACUUCUAGUUAUUAUAUGUGGGCUUGCCUCAGUUUACACUUAGCAGGCGCUUGACUCUGCCUCGUAUUGAAUCAAUGAAUAGAUGCCCAUGAAUUAUACGAGGAGGUUUGUACCAGGUAUGUGCUCUUGUGGAGUCAAGUGCUCCGUUUCGUCAGACGUACCAAAUGGUAAGCCAUUCAGUACUACAGUAAAUAGUGGUGCUGCGUACCUGUAUUGGGAAAUUUUCAAUGUUUGAUGUUUUAUUGUGCUUUUUAUCUUCUGGAAGCCUCCCAGAGUGGCUGGGGAAACCCAGCCAGAUGGGCGAGGUAUAAAUAAUAAAAUUCUUCUUCUUCUUCUUCUUCUUCUUCUUCUUCUUCUUCUUCUCCUCCUCCUCCUCCUCCUCCUCCUCCUCCUCCUCCUCCAGGACUCUUUCUCAUCUAAUGAGACUGUGUACCUUGAAUUUUUAAUACUAUUUCAUUCUGUGGAACACAAAGCAUGGAUUUCCCCCUUCCAUUCUUAUUGUUUUCAAGCCAGGAAUGCCAUCUUCAUUGCACUUAUUUAUUUGUCUUUAAAAAAUCCAAAACCAAAACAAAACUGCAGUGAACAAUCUUAGUGGAUCAGGCAUCUAGUGCAUUAUCCCCAUAUUCCACCACUGCUAUUACUGGAUAUUACCUAGUAAGUUUAUAGUGCUGGGGGGAAAUGGAGGACUUUAUCCCAUAUUUUUCAUUACAGGCUUAUGGUGGCUCAGAGCCUGCAAAUGUAUUCCCCCUCCUCCUCUGCUCCAUCUCUUUCGUCUUAUAGCACCUUGACGUUGUUCUCCAUCGUUAUCCUUUCAGAUUGCUUCAGCUUCAAGAGCAGAUGCGCGCCCUCUACAAAGCGAUCAGUGUACCUCGUGCCCGUAGGGCUAGUUCCAAAGGUGGUGCGUUUACCUCCCAGAGUGGAUCGGGAUGGGAUGAAUACACCAGGCGUUGCACCACAGAAUGUCUGAACUGGAUGAGGCAGCAGAAGGUAAAGCGUGCUUCGUGUUCUGGCUUUUGUUGAGAAAAUGGAACUGCAUUUUUCUCCCCUCCAACACCACACCAGCCAGUUCUUGUCCUGACAAUUCAGGGAGUGGCAGGGGUGUCUCCCUGGUUUCCCGUCGCCGACGUUACUGUGGCUUGCUGGGAAGGGUGAGGUGGGGAGAUUGGUGCAGUGUAGACGCUGUGACAGAGCCAAUUAAGUGCUCCUGCCAAGGUGUCCCUCCCGGUAAGCCACAGCGACAGGACUGCUGAGAGGCAGUCCCCUUCCCAUUGUCUGCUCCUGGGCACGGCACUUUGCAGCCUCAAAAUAAAAUAUCAGCAGGAGUUAAGGGAAAGUAAGCCAGCCCCUUUCUCUUGAGUCUGUGUUGUUUUAGAACCUUCUGGACGCACCUAUUGCAAGCUCAUAACAUUCACCCAAGCACGGCAAAGAUUAACUCUAUGUACACAGUGCAUUGCUACAGUCAUCCUAUUUCUGCAUAAAGGAAAGGGGUGGGGAAAAAUAAUGGUUCAGACAAUAAUUGAAGAAAAAAAAAAGAAUACGGAGGACAGAAAAAGAAACAAAUGAAAGAUCUCAUGUGGCUGGCAAAUUAGAAAAUGGAAAUGAAAACAAGAGACCUGCAGAUAUGGCAAUAAGGCAUUUGCUAAAGGGGCUUGCAGUUGAUUUUUAUGGAGUGGCUUCUUUAAGAUGACUGUUUGAAUGGCCACGUAAUUUCCCUACCUGUUCUGCAAGGGAACAGGCACCCCUCCUAUAGCAGCCGCUGCCGCCUAGGAAGCCCUUGCAGCAUUUCAGCUGUGCCAGAGUCCAACUAUGGUCACCGUUUACCUACCAUAAAUGUGAAAUGCUCUUUCCAAACAAAGCAACGUCACCUGCAUGGGGCAGGAAGCAGGAGAGGAUGACACACACAAUCACACUCUUGCUACAUACUCUGCAGGUACAGAAGGGGAGAUGGGGCCCCCUUUUAAGUCCCUCCCCAAAUACCUGCCGUGUUGUCAGCCCGAUGUGAAUAGGCUUCCUUACCUAGUUGCCUUCCAACUUUCUUAUCUUACCUUGACCUUCUCUGGCUUUGCAUUCUGUCUACAGAGCCCAAGUUACAGCAUGCCAAAGAAAUGUGAUACGUAGGGAAGCCCUGCUGGUAGCUUUUGUUUUCUUGAAAGUGUUUUGUUUUACUUCCCUGUCGUUUUGGAGAUAGGAAAGCCGUGGGCUUCGGACCUGGGUUGGGUUUCUCUGGUGGGGCCGGGAGCUGGAAAUGAGUCACUUUUUUUGUUCACACGCAUUGACAAAUGUUCAUUCUUGCUGCUGCUUUGAUGGCUUUGGCUCACAGCAAGCUGAAAAAAAGAAGGAAUAAAGUUCUUUUUUUCAGAUGGCCGACAGCCUAAAAUGGCUUCGCUUGCUGGAGCCAUUCCAGCUUCGCUUAAGCACAGGUGUGGCUCAGGGUGGUGUCUGUGGUAGCGUUAUUGCUGUGCUGAAUCAUAAUUAGUUCUUUUAAAAAAAACCAGCAGCUGAUACCUGAUUUUGAAGGUAGAAGAGAAAUAUCCUACACCAUUCAAAUGGGCAGAGCAUUUUCUGAAACACAGCUCAGCUCUCCCAAGUGACUUUCUUGCCCAAGGCUGUUUAGUGUCUCCCUUCCUCAGUCCACUGUCUGCAAAAUGGGAAUCUGAAGGAGUUGGCAUAUGAAAGAACGGGAUAGGGCACACUUCUUAAUACCGUAUUUUUCGGUCUAUAACACGCACCCGACCAUAACAUGCACAUAGUUUUUAGAGGAGGAAAACAAGAAAAAAAUAUUCUAAACGAAACAGUGGAUGUAUGAUUUUUGUGGUUCAUGCUGUGGCCACAGACAUGUGAUCUGACAGUGAGUCUGGAGUAGCCCAAUGCAAAAAUCCUGAGGAUCCAUGUGGAUCCAUGCUUUGUAACCACGUUUUUGCACCACUGCGGCCCCAGGCAACAGUGGGUGCAUGAUUUUUUUGGUGCAAGAUGUAGCCAUGGACAUGCUAUGUGAUCUGAUGGUGAAUUUGGGGUGACCCAGUGCAAAAAUCCUGAGGAUCCAUGUGGAUUCGUGCUUUGUAACCACGUUUUAAGUGGGGAGGGAAGGAAAAGCACUCAAGGGACAAGGAGCACGCAUGGGGUGUGUGGAGAAGGAUGCUGCUAAUAAUGAAGAAGAGGGGUAUAAGGGGAGAAGGCUCCUCUCCUCUACCGCUUUGCUCCUUUAAAGCAAGCAAGCUCUGCUUUUCUCCCUCCUCCCCGCUCAUCCCCGGCUUAGCGAGCUGAAAAACUUUGCUGCUAUGUAGCGAGCUGAGUGGGGAGGAGAGAGGGACAGAGAGCCUGCUUGCUUUAAAGGAACCAACUGGACAGGAGCCGCUUAUUCCUUAAAAGAAGGAGCUUUGCUCCUUUAAAGAAGCAGGCUCUCUGUCCCUCUCUCCUCCCCACUCAGCGGCUCUUCUCCCGCUUUGCUGUUUCAAAGUGAGCCAGGGAGGAGGGAAACAAGGGGAACCAUGGAUCUUCUGCUCAAGACAGCAGCAGAUCCCCACCACCACCUGUAGGCAUUCCCUCCAUAACACGCACAGACAUUUCCCCUUACUUUCUAGGAGGAAAAAAGUGAGUUAUGGUGCAAAAAAUACGGUACUUCACAUGUUAUCAGUAUUUACAUAUUGGCUGGUCAUCUUAAUUUUCACAUGUUAAAAGCAAUGGUAACACAUGCUAGCAAGGACUGUGUGUGUGUGUGUGUGUGUGUGUGUGUGUGUGUGUGUAGCAAGAGCUAGUUUCAAGUUCCAAUUAUUACAGACUUUCUCAACUUUACCAUUUAGAAAAUAUGAAAGUUUUUUUGUCAUGGUGUGCGUGGAGCUGAGGGCUGCAGAGCAACAAGACAUGGUGCACAAAUUUAAUAGUAUUUAGGUGAUUGCUUCACUAAUGUGGCUGGAAAGGGUGGCUGGGUGGAAAUUAAUCUUCCCUGUAAAAAGGUGGCAUGGUAACUUGGCUCCUGCUGGUCUAUAGCUACCUGUAGAUGCCUUCUGAAGUUCUUUGGUGCCUGUUCUACUGUGGCACCUAAGGUAGUUUUAUUCUGUUACCUUCUCCCCUGCUUUGCAGAGCAGAAAGGGACAUUGGGGAAGGCUUUAGUCUUUUCCGAUUUGCACGACUCCUGUGAAAUAGUAACCCCAAGCACCUCUGUCCCAAGCAAGGAUAACCACCUGGUAGCUGCCGAACCAUGUCUUCCUUGCAAAGCAGCUCUAUAUACCUUUGCUUGUGCACCAUUGUUUUAAUUUUGCUUCACAUCGGCACCUAUAUAAAUAAACCACUAAAGAAGAUGCGCAUUCUUCCUUUCAGUCUGAAAUGGAGUUAGUAAAAUGGGGAUUUGAUGCGGCAGCUAUUGAGCAACAAAUUGCCGACCACAGGAGAUUCCAUAAUUCCAUUGGAGACUAUCGCUGGCACUUGGACAAAGUCAAAACCGACCUGGUAAGAUACUGAUUCUGCUUCCUUGAUUUUUUGCAUCACUGCCUGUUUUAAAUUGCUAACUGGCGGUUUCACAUCUGGUGAAAUAUUUGAAAGAGCCCUGUUUUAGCACUGCUGUGUUUUGCUUAUUCAGAAGUAUUGGUGCAUGAAAGAGCAUUCUUUCCCCCCCCUCCCCCAAACACACUUUGUGUGGUUGUAAAUGAGUCUAACUUGGGGUCAUCAGCAAUGUAUCUAGGGGCCUCCAUUACACAUUUUGGUAUUCUAUCAAAAUAUUUAAGUAUCUACACCCACUCCUUUCUACACUCUUUCUGCCUCUGUUAUCUUAUGGACACUUCCUGGGUUGGGGACCCUGUUGUUCUCCAGAUGUUGUUGAAAUUCAGCUCGCAUUGGCUCCAACCAGCAUGGCCAGUAGUGAGGGAAGAUGGAAGCUGGAGUCCUUCAACACCUGGAGUGUCGCAGGUUCCCCAUCCCUGAUCUAAAGCAUCCUGUGUUUCCCAUUCAGGUUGGCGUCAAGCCCCAACACGGUCUCCUUUGCCACUUCUGCUUGUCCUUUGGUUGCCAGCAUUCCCUUGCCCCUUCUUGCUGAGGCAUGUGGCCUUUGAUUGUGGCUAUUUGUGAUAUAAAGAGGCUCCCUAGGAAACUGACUGUACAAAUUAUUCCAUCUUAAAUUUUGUUUCUGCAGCGGCCCCCUUGGUAAAUGGGUCAAAUUUGUAAGCUGUAGAAGAUCUUUAUUCUUUUUAUUCUUUUGUCCGCAGCGUGAGAAGGCUGCUGUUCAUCAGCUGGAGGAGGAAUAUGAAUAUCUUCUGGUAAGCUAAAGAACAACUGAAUUUCCGAAGGCCUUGUUAUGUGUGCUUUGCCUUCUUAGCAGUGAAGCAUCCUAUGAGUCAGGGAAGACAACUAUGGAUCCCACAAGGAUGAAAAGUGCAGGUUCAGCCCAGUCAUGGUGGAACUUGACCAUUCUUAGUUUUUAUUUCAACAAUUAAUCCUUAAUUAUAAAGUUGCAUCUAGAAACUUGUGGGCAAUACUUGCUGAAGUAUCUCUGCAUGGCAACUUACCCUUGUCCAUUACAGUCGUACCUUGGAAGUUGAACGGAAUCUGUUCUGGAAGUCCAUUCAACUUCCAAAAUGUUCGGAAACCAAAGUGCGGCUUCUAAUUGGCUGCAGGAAGCUCCUGCAGGAAGCUCCUGCAGCCAAUCAGAAGCUGCCUCAGACGUUCGACUCCCAAAAGAAUGUUGGAAAACCAGAACACUCAAUUCCGGGUUUCAACCGUUCAGGAGCCGAUUUGUAAGGGAGCCAAGUCAUUUGAGAUCCAAGGUACAACUGCAUUUGCAUUUUAAAAAAAUGUUGUCAUGGAGCAGAAUACAGAUUUCCCCUCUUUCUUUUUUUUAAAGUGCAAAGUAUCCCCAGCCCAAAUGGGGGCAAAAGAGUGUUGGGUGUGCUUUCCAGAGCUCUGUCUUGAUCCCUCUGUUUUGUUCCACCGUUUUGUUUGCACAAUAAGCUUUGAUCCUUAAGUCUGAAGCUCAUUACUUUGAUGUUUUGUAGAGAUUCUCCUUUGAAAGAAUGGAUCAGUUGCGCCAGCUGCAAAACAUCAUCCAGGCCACUAGCAGAGAAAUCAUGUGGAUCAAUGACUGUGAGGAGGAGGAGCUUCUCUACGACUGGAGUGACAGGAACACCGAUAUUGCCCGGAAGCAGGAGGCCUUCUCUGUAAGUUACACUGAGACAUCUUUGUUCCGACCGGCUUUCCCAGCUGGAUCAUUACCAUCAAUGUAAUAAAUAAAAUAAAAUUUAUCAUGAGUGCCUACCUUGUUACAGUUUCAGUCUUUUUUAAAAAUGUAUUUUCUGGCCUGGGGUUUGAACUGUUUUUAAUUAUCUUUGGUGUAAUUCUCCUUGAGACAGUUGUUCAGAAGGCAAUUAAUGAAUCAGUGAUGAUGAUAAUACUUUGUGUGGUAGGAAAAAGGUACGAAGGAUCUUUUGGGUGCUUGAUUCAGUAAGGCUGUUCUUGCUAGUAUAUAGCACAAAUUAAGCCUGGAAGGUUUGCAGGCCUAUAAACAUGCCACAAUAUAAAUACGCUUGAUUGUAUUAGUCCCAUUGAAAUUAAUGGGCUUGACUAGUUUAGCUUCACUCAGUUACAAAGCCACUAAUCUUACUAUAUGCUGGUGAUACGACCUUAUAUGCAUUGAACUUUUAGUGCCAUUAUUAUUUUAAGGUUGGCCUUAAUGCUUGUUCCUUUUCUGUUUACAGAAACGCAUGAGCCAACUGGAAGUUAAGGAAAAAGAACUCAACAAGCUGAAGCAAGAAUGUGACCAACUGGUGGUCAAUCAGCAUCCUGCCUCAGACAAAAUCGAGGUAUAUCUUAAACUUCCUACGAUCUUGCUCUGCUCUUUUUUUCCUGGAGGGUGAGAUACAAAGGUUCCACAGAAGUGAAAGGUACUGCAAAUCAGAUCUUGAACCUUGAACCUUGACCAAUUUUUGGUUGAUCAACAAGAGUCAGUGUUAGAGACAAUGCAGGACGACCUGCAUGCUGAUCAAAGACUGGUUGCUCUGGUUGUGUGAGUGACCAUUUUAUAACCCUGGUUUACAACUGCGCUUAGUGAUGGGCCACUUUUGGUGUUUGAAGUGGAGGGCCAAGUUUUCCUGCAGGUUUUCCUUUAAGCAAGUCCAGUUCCUUUAAGCCAAGUCCUGUUUAUUGUCUCUUCCUCCCUCCAAAGCUGUUUUAGGAAGUUUUGAGAGGUGUCGUUGCUAGCUAGGUAAAAGAAAUGAAUGAAUGGAGGAUGAACUGUGAUUUAUUUACUCUUUAAAUGUAUAGGCCUACAUGGAUACACUGCAAACUCAGUGGAGCUGGAUUCUCCAGAUCACCAAGUGCAUUGAUGUUCAUCUCAAGGAGAAUGCAGCAUACUUUCAGGUGUGUGCAGUCAUAACGGAUAUUAGAAGUUGAAUCCCAAGCAACGGCAUUUAAACUCUGUUUGGUUGUAUAUAUUUUUUUUGGGGGGGGGGAGAGGAUUCACAAACAUGCAAUAUCUUGCACUCCAACUAUUAGUAAGUAAGGAACGUCACAUUGUGAGUUUAGCUUGUAGAAAGGAAGGCUUGCUAAAUAAAUCAUCUGAAAUUGGAUUGAAGGUAAUAGGCUGUCUUUAGUUUAGUUUCCUUCAUUUAUUCUUCAUAUAUCCAUGCUCUUGAAAGGGGAUUGUAUUCAUAUGUUCAAGUGUUGCAUUUCCUAUUCAUGUCUGUUAGUCCACUGUAGAUUUUACGAGUUCAGCAUUACUAAUUGCUUAAAAGUCUGUUGGAUCCUACAAUACUAUACUGAAAUCUCAUUCAGGGCCCACUGUUAUCAUUCUGUACAAAAUGUACACUUCACACCUUUAAUUUAUUUUACAACAUUUGUGUUCUGGCUUUUUCUCCAAGGAGUUUAAGGCAAAAUAGAGGGUUCUCCCCACUUCAUUUUAUCCCCACAACAACCCUGUGAGUUAAGUUAGACUAAGAGAAAGUGACUGGCCCAAAGUCACCCAGUGACCUUCAUGACUGAGUAGGGAUUUGAGUCCUGGUCUCUCAAGUGCUAGUACGACACUCUAACCACUAUGCCCCACUAGUGUGAUUAGAUAAAGACAAUCAUAUGUCUAUUUGCUUUUUAUGCAUAGUUUUUUGAGGAAGCCCAGUCAACUGAGAGCUAUUUGAAGAAUCUACAGGAUUCCAUCAGAAAGAAGUUCAUUUGUGAUAAGAAUAUGUCCCUGCAAGUUCUGUUGGAGCAGAUCAAAGAGUUGGAGGUAUGGAUGCCACUUCGUUUUGAGAUCCCACAACUUCUUUCAACUUCAGCAGGACUAAGCCCAUAAGGGCAGAUGUCCUUAUAUAUGAAAGAUACUGUGUUUGAAAGACAGAUGACAUGAAAGGUCAUUGUGGCUGUUUGAAGCCAUUGGGUGAGGAAAAUGAGGUGUUAAGGCGAAGGUCUGGGGAAAAUUGCAAUUUCCAGGCUUUCUUGUCACGUUGAUGCAAUUAAAAAUGAGCAGCCGCUUCUUUGGUCUAUUUCACUGAGUAUAUUAUACUUCAUAUAUUUGGGCCUGCUGCAGCAUUUUAUGUACUCAAGCAGAACUUCAGAUGGAUUUUUUAGUUUUCUUUUCCUCUGUUAUUGAUUGCAGAAUUUUAGAGUUUAUAACUCUUAAGAUUUGAUAGAACUCUAAAAUAUAAGCUCUGAUUUUCUCAGAAUGUUACCAGUGAAGUCUACCAAGAUACUUGUCUUAAAUUUGAAGAUAAUCUGGAUUUGACCGAUAGCAAAUGCAGGUCUGUGUUAGUGAAUGUGGUUCCUUGUUUAUAAGUAUUUUUUGCCAUGACAAACUUUCUCUGUCUUUCUAGAGUGAGCGAGAGAAAAUUUUGGAAUACAAGAGACAAGUGCAAAAUUUGGUGAAUAAGUCUAAGAAGAUUGUCCAGCUAAAGCCACGGAACCCUGAUUACAAGAGCAAUAAGCCAAUCAUUCUCAAGGCUCUGUGUGACUACAAACAAGAUCUGGUAAGAAUCAUGCUAUUGAUUAAUUACUCAAUCGUUGAUCGUAUAUAUUUUAGAUUUAUUGGCAAUCCCAUCCCAAGCACCUGAGGCAGGCUACUGUGUAGCUUCAGCUAAAAUCUGCUUAAAAUGGACCAAAUGUAUUGGAUGAGAAAUAAUCUGUUCUAGUUUCUUUUUUACUGCAGCUGCUAAGCAGGUGCUCAGGUAGAAAUGUCUUCAAAUGUUUCCAAAGAUGCAUUUGAACUCCAUUCAGAUCUAUUGCUUGGUAUAGCCCUCGUAGGACUAUGCCAUUCCUGAAGGUUGGGGAAACUGCAUGCUUGAAUGAAGUAUGAUGUAUUCUAAGCGCUACAGAGAACACCCUGUGAUUGACCCAUCAAAUGAUAGAUUACGGUGUUCUGCAUCACACCGCUGAGCACAGAGGGCAACCCCAGCAUAUUGCAGUAGUUUAGCCUAACAAUUUUUACAUGAGGUUAUUUUAUGCAUGUUAAUAGGAAUGCAUGCCAACCUCAGUCCAGUACAUCUAGGUAUCCAAGCCUUUUUUAUAUGUGUAUUCAGACCUAUGACUAAAAGUUGUCUAGUCCUAGGGAGGAUUCCAACUAAUUACAGCAACUGAAAACUACAUCAUAAGUAUUUACAUUGUCCCAGUGUGUUAAUGCCUACAAUUGUUUUUUCCUUCCUUUUCCAUAGAAAACCAUGCGCAAAGGAGACGAGUGCAUUUUGAAAGACAACAGCGAACGUAGCAAGUGGCAUGUGACUGGGCCAGGAGGAGUCGAUAUGCUGGUGCCAUCUGUCAGUCUCAUUAUCCCUCCCCCUAAUCCAUUAGCUGUGGAUCUGGCGACUAAGUGAGUUAUUCAUAAAACCUGAAGCCAUAUUGCUUGGAAAAAAAAGUGUGAGUUCUUCCCUGGCUCUGUAUGUUGUGUAUCUUUGAUUGGGUCAGAAAAGAGCCCAGUUGCGUAUAACAGUGUGACUGGGUGGACUCUGUGCACCCAUCUAUAUAUUAUUUAAGGAACUCGAGGCCAGCGAGCAAAAAUUUAAUUUUGUGUUUUGAGUGGGAAGUACUGGCUGUGAGCAAGUCUGUAGGGAAAGGGGAACCUCUAGGUGUUGUGGGACUCCAACUCCCAUCAUGCAGGAGCAUUUGCCAUGUUGGGUGAUGGGAAUGAGUGUUCAAGAACAUCUGGAGGACCAGACGUUCUCCAUCCCUGCUAUAGAAGGUCAGUCUCCAUUGUGUUGCAACAAGAAACCUUUCUAGAGGGUGGGCUUUCCCCACCCCUCAAGAGCCCAUUUUGCAGCCUUUCUCCCAGAUUCUAAGCAAAGCUAAUUCUGACUGGAAACAAAAUUUUUGGUUUCAUUUAAUUCAGAUUCAUUUUAAUUUGUGGUUAUUCAGUACAGGCUAAAUAUGAAUCGGGUUCUUUCAUAUUUAUUUAUGUAUUCUUUUGGGUUAAAUGAGGUCACAUCAUUAGUUGAAUGUAUCCAAUAUGGUAUCCAACACACUUUAGCCCUGCAGCACCUAGUUUAGGAAUCACUGCACAAGGAGCAGACUUCUAGCUCUCAAUGUGCUGCAUCGAAAAAAGUCCACAUUUAUAUUGAAAACAUUUGCAUUUUCGUAUUUGGGGUUUUGAGCCCUUAUCUGCUCAGGACGCUCGUCUUCUGGUUGACUAGGAGACACUGAUGUUGCUUUUCGAACCUGAGUUAACACAUUCAUUGCCGUUUAGGAUUGAACAAUACUAUGAGGCCAUUAUGGCUCUCUGGAAUCAACUCUACAUCAACAUGAAAAGCCUGGUGUCUUGGCAUUACUGCAUGAUUGACAUUGAAAAGAUAAAGGCUCUGACUAUUGCUAAGGUGGGUGUUGAAAUGACUUCUAUAAAGUUUGACCAGGAGCUGUCAUAGUCUUCGCAAAUGUGCACUUUUCCUAACUUUUGAGCACAUAUAUAAGAAGACUUGGGUAUAUGCAUUCUAGACUUUACAGGGGCUGUCUGCCUUUUCUCAAGCCUUGUUUGUACUGAUAACGUGACUGGCAAUUCUGCAGUCAACUCUUGCUUUUGCUGACCAAGACUCUCCCUGUUUUCUUUUAUUGGCUCAUUCCAUUGCAUGCAACCUUAGGCUCUUCAUUCUAACGUAAACCUCUACGGUUAGCUCAUUUUGUCAUUGUUAAUCCUACAAAUAUAAAUAACUCGCCAGAAUGCCCCUCUUCUGUAGUCAUCAUUCCGGAGGAUUGCAUCAGCUUUCUUUGGCUGUUUUUCCUUAAAUUGUUUCUGCCUGUUCAUUUCAGCUGAAGACCAUGCGCAGAGAAGAUUACCAGAGAGUAAUAGCUGACCUGGAGAUUCAUUAUCAAGAAUUCAUCAGGAACAGCCAGGGCUCGGAGAUGUUUGCAGAUGAGGAUAAGAGGAAAAUCCAGACUCAGUUCUCCGAUGCUCAGAAGCACUACCAAACAUUGGUCAUCCAGCUGCCAGGCCAACACCAGCAGCGUCCGCAGCAACCAAAUCAAGGUCAGCUUUCCACAAGAGUGGUAGAAACUGCACCGUCUGUUGCAGGGUGUAGUCGUGCUUCCCCUUGGAAGCCUGCACAACUUGCGACCCACUGAGCCAAAUGCAGCCCACCAAGCAUGCAUGCAAUUCACCAAGGUUGCAGUCAAUUGUGUGUCCCUCUUCCAUGUCUGGGACUGCAGAAAUACAGGAAUGUCAGAUACAUGCUGGGCCAACAGGUACUUGGUGAACUGCAUUCAGCCUGACACAUAGUAACUUGACAGACAAUUAGUCCAUGGUGCCUGAGUUUGCUUGUUGUCCUCUUCCCUCCUCACCGCUUCUUCCUUUUGUGUCAUGCCUUUUAGACUGAGGGCCGGGUUGCCUUGUUCAUUACUGAGUUUAUGUAAGCUGCUCUGGGAGGUUCAAAUCUAGCUCAGUAUGGUCUGUGCUGACUGGCAGGAACCUUAAGGUUUCUGAGACUGUUCUCCUCCAGCCUUACCUGGAGAUGCCAGCGACUGAACCUGGGUUCUUUUGUACACAAAGCAUGUGAUUCACCACUGAACCAUAGCCCUUCCCCAUAGCUUCCUCAUAGGUAGGCCUCCGCUUCACUAAAAGGCUCAAUGGGUACACUUAACCAAAUAAUAGCACACUUGAAGUCUGUGUGUAGGUAAUUGGGUGCUGACCGCUAUAGUCAAGCACAUUUUUAAUCACCUAGAACAACCUGUGGGUCCCCAGAUGUUGUUGAACUACAACUCCCAUCACCUCUAGCUAGCAAGGCCAAAGCUCAGGGAUGAUGGGAGUUGUAGUCCAACAACAUCUGGGGACCCACAGGUUGAGAACUGCUGAUCUGGAACAUGGGUAGGCAAACUAAGGCCUGGGGGCCAGAUCCGGCCCAGUCGCCUUCUAAAUCUGGCCCACGGAUGGUCCGGGAAUCAGCGUGUUUUUACAUGAGUAGAAUGUGUCCUUAUAUUUAAAAUGCAUCUCUGGGUUAUUUGUGGGCCAUAGGAAUUUGUUCAUUACCCCAAAAAAAUAUAGUCCACCCCCCCAAGGUCUGAGGGACAGUGGACCGGCCCCCUGCUGAAAAAGUUUGCUGACCCUGAUCUAGAACCUCACCUGGCACACGCCCAAUCACUUGCAUGUUCUUUUGCCAGGUGAUGGGGCAGGAGAAAUGAAGGCAGACUUAUUUAGCAGUGCAUACAAGUUGUUCCCUAUCCACAGCACAUUGUUUGCCAUGACGUCACACCACCUCGCUUCACAGGGGUUAAUUUUCCAAAAACCAAAAACUGACCCACUGGUUGUUUUCCCUUUUUUUCUUUUUUCUUUUUUUUUAACCAGUCGUGACAACUGAAGUCACUCACCUGGGCUCAUCCCAGCAAGUCCAGAAUCAGAAGCAGGAGCUAGAGAAGCAUGAAGCCUGGAUGCUUAUGGAACUCCAGAAGCUUCGUCGCCAGAUUGAGAACUGUGAGCUCCGCAUGGCGCAGAGAACCAUCCUUCAGCCAGACCAAGGGGCCUCCCAGAAUUUGUCCGUCAGAAUCAAUGAAUUAGAGGUACGUGUUGAUUUGCACUGGACAGGCAUAGCAUGAUUGUGUCUGGUUCAGACUGAAUGAAGCCCAACUAUUCUGAAUCCUCUUGAUUCCGUCUUUCUCUACUCUUCAUAUUCUUAAGAAGCACCAGCAGUGCCAAGAUGAAUUGAUACCACUAGUAUAAUAACACUGGUGGCAUUUGUGGCCAAUCUGUUGUGCAGUGAGGUCAUGAGAGGACGUCUAUCUACGCUAGAGCAAGUAUUAUAGCAGCUACUAGGAGAGAGACAAUAGCUCAGUGGUAGAGAGCCAAGGAUCAGCUAAUACAUGACAUGAGAGAUCUGCCUGAGACCUGGAGGGCAGUUGCCCGUCACUAGAAAAUACUGAGAUAGAUGGACACAACAUUAUCACAAUAAAACACCCAUCAACUCCACUUGUUUAUAAGCAGCGCAGCACAUUUAAUAUCAGUCAGGGCCACCACUGAGCAGACCCUGCCCCUGUCAGUCCCAACAACUCUUUCUGGCAGACUUUAAAAAAAAUAUGCAUUUUAUCUCAUACAAUCAGAAUUUCUUAGCUUGCAAAGAUGGCCAUCUUUCACAGCUGGUGGAUCUGGUCCCUGCACAGUAUGUGUGUGCAGAGAGCUUGGAAGGAUUGUAGAAAGUUUUGGGGGAUUUGUACUAGAAGUUGCUUAUUAUGGGAUUGCAUACCAAAGAGAAAAGUGUCUGAACAUCUCUUUCAGUCCUUUUAUUUUCUUAACAUUAGCUGAAAUACAUGGUCUGUGGGCAAGAUAGAUGAUAUGUCAAUUGCAGGUUGUUAAUGUGAUCUUAAGAAGGGUGUUAGAGUAAAUAACAUCUCUCUCUCUCUCUCUCUCUCUCUCUCUCUCUCUCUCUCUCAGGGUAUACAAAACGAUUCUCAGGCAAUAGCGGUCGCUCUCAAUGGGCAGAAAGAUUAUCUCCCCAGGUUUAGAGGCUCUGAAAAGUAUCUCUAUUUGCAGUCUGAAAUAAGUACCUUGUUUCAGAAACUGGAAAAUAUUAAUGGGGUCUCUGCUGGUUAUUUGGACAGGUAAGGAAACAGACAAGCAGUCCUAUGGUUAUCCAUAUUAUAGGUGUGCUUUGUUGUUAUUCUUUAGUGAUUAGUGCUUUUAUUUAAUCAACUGCAUGUUUUAAGGAUUUAAAUCCAACAUACACCCGUAACUAUUAAUAUUUUAAACUAAGGUAACUCUAACCAAGGAGGUCCAACUUCUUCAGCAAAAUAAGCUGUACAAAGCAGCGUCAUUUAUGCAGAUGCCUAGUUUUCUAUACUGUUGUUGACAUCCAUCCAUCUCGAGAGAUGAUGGGAAAGUGUGCCAUUGGGGUGAAGUCAAACCGUAACAACGCCUGCUGUAGUUGUGGAGACUGAUAGGAGAGGGACAUGUUUUAUUGCAGUUGGGGCAGAUGAAGGCGUCCAGUUUCGUUUUCUAUACAUAUUCCUCAGUUUGCAUGUGGAACAGUUUGCGUGCGGGCUCAAAUUUCCUUAGAAUCGACUGGCGACCAAAACCAACUUCAUAGAGCAAUGCUAUGCCUAUUACUCAGAAUUAAGUUCUGCUGUGUCCAGUGGCACUUACUCCCAAGCAAUGAGGGGUGGAGAGAAAAGAGACUGAAAGCAAACGAUCUUUUCCCAACCCUGCAUAUGACUUUCUGACGGCAUUGUUUUGCUACAGCUUGAAUGCGCUGAGGUCCCUGCUCCAGGCAAUUCUCCAAACAGAAGAUGUGAUCCGAGUGUUCGAAGUCAGACUUACAGAAGAGGAUACUCUUUCUUUGGACCCAGAUAAAGUGGAAGCUUAUCGAGCCUGCCUGAAGGUAAGAGAGAGGGUUUUAUGUAUAUAUCGGAGAUUGAGCCAUUAAUUGGUUACUUAAAGACUUUGUGCUGUUUUUAAACAUAGGGGGGGAAAGCUUAAUGUUAUAAUAUAUUUGUAUAUUACGAUUCAUAAUUUGGUCUUGCUUCCAUAAAUUAACACAUUCUAUUUCCUAUGAAAAAAUAAUCCAGUUUAUGAUUGUUUGCGUUCUCUAAAUAUUGCCAGAUAUGUUAAGUUUGAUCAUAUGCAACCUAUUCUGCCCUUUCUUGCAGCUGUCUGGAUUAUGCUGUGGUUGUGUUUACUUUCUGGCGAGAUCUGGGAUACCGAAGAUAGAUUAUUCUGUUGCUUAUUUUUUUCCAGAAAAUGAAAGGAGACCUUAGUAUGAAGAAGUCGCUGCUUAGUACCUUGGAGGCAGAGCUACAGAGGGCUCACCAGGUCCACUCGCAGUCUUGCCAGUCGUAUCCUCUCCACGAUUUAGAUCUUGGAAAGUUCACUGAAAAAGUCGGGCACCUCACAGACCGUUGGCAAAGGGUGGAUAAGCAGAUUGAUGACAGGUUUGUUUGUGAUUUCUAAAGAGUAAACUUCAAAUCAGGUGUUCAGUAAGCUGUAGACCUCGUGCACACAUUGAUGCAUCUGGCAAAAAACCACACAUUUGAAACUUGACUUUCUAGUUCCUGUAAUAGUUAAAGGCACCAGGGAGGUCAGCUGAGUCUUGAGAGUGGUUUGCCUUUUUGCUGCUCUAGACUCAUAACUCUGUAGCUUUGGGGCUGUGCCAGCUCUUUAGCCAUAGUUAAGGAAGUCCAGGAUAACAUUAGGUAUGGUUUGUCAACCAGCUACAGACCUUGGUUGACAAGCAACUUUUAAGAAGAAGAAGAGUUUGGAUUUGAUAUCCCGCCUUUCACUCCCUUUAAGGAGUCUCAAAGCGACUAACAUUCUCCUUUCCCUUCCUCCCCCACAACAAACACUCUCUGAGGUGAGUGGGGCUGAGAGACUUAAAAGAAGUGUGACUGGCCCAAGGUCACCCAGCAGCUGCAUGUGGAGGAGCGGAGACGCGAACCCGGUUCCCCAGAUUAGAAGACUACCGCUCUUAACCACUACACCACACCAUACUUAAUAAGCCAAAGUUAAGCUGCUGGGCUGGGUUCAUACAUAACAUCAAGUCAUUUCUAGACUGAACUGAUAAGUGUUUGACUUGAGAUCGUAGUAGCUGAAAACGUCCUUCCCUAGGAAACUACAGCUACUUCUAUGAAGAUUCCAGUUUAUAUGUUAUGUUUAGAAUGGAAUGUCACACAGAAUGUUGGAGGAGGUAACACUUCCCUGACCUUCCAGCAACUGAGUUGCCACUGUUUACGGGAAAGGAGAGGGGUUGAGGUAGAAUGCAGGUCAGUGUGGAGCAAACACACUGACAGGAGCGCUGUAUUGGCUCUGCCAGUGUGUUUGCACAAUUCUGACCUCCCUGCAACUUCACCCUUCACAUUCUCCCUCCCGGUAAGCAGCAGCAAUUCAGCUGGUGGGAGGUCAGCUGAGUGCCAUUGCUUCACUGCGCUAUCCACUACUGACUGGUGGCUUUUAAAGCAGAAGGCUUUUAUGUUGGCAUAUGUCAAUCUAUAUUGCAACUGUUGCAUGGUAUGCAGAUAUUGCAGAUAUUGCAUGAUGCGUGCAUUAACUUGGAGCUUUUUGAAGUAGCAAAGUGGAUCUCUUUCUGUUCUUAGGAGGCCAUAUGCUUUGUGUAGUGGUCCUAGGAUUAAUUCUGCUUGCAAAGACCUCUAUCUCACAUCUGGAAGACUGCUUUCAAUCAUAGUGGGCAGCACUGGGCUGCAUAGACUAGUGAUGUGAAUUAGUUUAAGGCAGCUUCAUGUGUUGCUACUUUGUCUUACAGGACCUGGGAUUUAGAAAAACAGGUGAAGCAGCUGAAAACCUAUCGGGAUCUUUACCAGGCUCUGAAUAAAUGGAUUUGUGAUGCCAGGCGCCGGCAGGAAACUAUUGAAGCCAUGAAGUUGGGAGAUGUUAGCACUGUCAUGAGAUAUCUGCAGGAGCAAAAGGUAUUGUCUUGCACUCAGUGUUGCAAAGUGUUUCCCCUAAGUAAUUUGGCUGAUGUGAAACCAACUUAGAUUCGGCGAAGUAUUAGGAGUUUGUGUCAGAAUCCCUGCUAAUGUAAUAAUGAUUAAGGGUGCAAGUUAUGAGCUUGAUGUCCUGAUUUCAAAUCCCACCUCAGCUAAGCUUGCUUUAUACAUCUUUGUCACCACAAUUGUCUCUUGGGAUCACCAUGAGAGAUAUAGUAUCAUCAGUGGAGUGAUUGACAAGUGUUGCCAUUCUGCUGAACCAAAAGACUUGACAGCUAGGAAUCUGAUAAAAUUAAUAUUGUGGGGUUGUUGUUUUUUGCAGAACUUACAUGCUGAAAUAACAAGCAAGCGAGACAGAGUGGAAGAUGUGAUGAAGAACGCAGAGGUGUGCUCAGCUGCAAUCAAGGUACUGUUAUUUUUGAACAUUCCCCUAAGAAUACAUCUUUUCCUACAAGAGCUUAAUCCUGCAAGGCUCCCUUCUCUCUUCUUAACCCUAGACUAAAUCCUUCUCACUCUUCACACACUCACAUUUCUCAGCACAAUAGGCUCAGUUCCUGGGCAAACCAAAGUUUACAAGAUACAGACCCACUGACAGCCUCUGUAUUUCUGCAAGUGUAUCCAUGAUAGUCGGCUGGUCCAAAACUUCCAGGGCAAAUUUGGAAAAGCACAAAUGCUGACAACAAGCUGAGGUGGCUACGCCAAGGGAAAGAAAAUACACGCAGGAUUAUCUUGUGAUUUUAUUUUUAUUUUUGUGUUUCUAGUAGUUCUGUUCAGAUUGCAGUACUGAGCAUACUUCUAGAAAGCAUUUGAAAAAGAAAAAAUCAGUGGGUCUUAUUCCCAAAUCAUUCUGUCAUACCCCUGUCUGGGUUAAUCAUGGGGCUGAUUUUUGGAAGUUUAAGACAUGUCAUUUAAACCUCAUUGAUCUGCUUGUACAAUCAAUCCUUUUUUGUUUCCUUUCAUUCAAAGAGUUUUUAAUGCAAGUUGUGGAAAAAAGUUUCUCUACCUUACUUCCAGCAUGUCUGGUUUUAAAUGCAUUUCUUAUUCUUCUUUUUAGCAACUACUCUCUCUUCUGACGCUCUACCAUACUGAUUCUUAAAAUCAGGAUUUGGGGUUUUAUUUAUUAUCUGUCUGUCUAAAACACACUCUUCAUUACAAAUGCAGUUCCAGAGCAGCUUGCAAUUUUAAUACAUCACACAGAGACUAAAAACAAGGGAGGUAUUUACGACCAGCCAGCUAAAAUAAACAUCAACACUGGCACCAAAAUUCCACCAGAAACCUGGGCAGAUAACCAGGUCUUCAGCUGGUGUCAAAAGGUUGAAAGAGUAGGUUAUUGCCUUCCUGCAGUUCUGAAAAGCCAGGUCAGGAGGCAUACGAUGGCUGUCUUUACAAAAUGAAUUGUGUUUUCUUCUCUUCUGCAGGAUUAUGAACUGCAGGCUGCAUCUUAUUGCUCAGGACUGGAGACUUUGCUGAACAUCCCCAUUAAGCGCAGCAUGGUCCAGUCUCCUUCAGGGCUAAUUCUGAAAGAGGUAAAUGAUAAUAAAGUGCACUUUCAUGAUAAUUGGUAAUGUUCUUGCUUGGUGAAACCAAGUCAGGAGGUGUGCACACAGUUCUGAAGGAAAUCUAUGGUGUUGUAGCACUGGGCAGGAACCUGUUUGCUAAACCACACGAGAGACUGGUGUUCCAGAAAAGCACGGGGUGGUGUUUUGGAAUGCAGAUUGGGGAAUUGCAUACUUGGUAUAUAUAUGACAUGUCAGAACCCCUCUGCGAUCAAAAGCUGGUGUGUUCUAGCCUAAUUUCCCUCCUUGCUGGCUGUUUUUCAAACACAGAGAAGAAGUUAAGCAUGACACACUCCCCCCAGGCUUAUACAGUGGUACCUCAGGUUACAUACGCUUCAGGUUACAGACUCCGCUAACCCAGAAAUAGUACCUCGGGUUAAGAACUUUGCUUCAGAAUGAGAAUAGAAAUCGUGCUCCCGCGGCGCUGCAGUGGUGCUUCAGGUUAAGAACAGUUUCAGGUUAAGAAUAGACCUCCGGAAUGAAUUAAGUACUUAACCCGAGGUACUACUGUAGUCUAAAGUGGUAAAAUCUAGAAAGGGCUGCACCACGGGACGUUCCACUAUUUGUAGAUCAGCUCUAAAUCCAUUUCAACUCAUUUAUACUUAUGUCAGGGACAUGGGUGGCACUGUAGUGUAAACCACUGAGCCUAGGGCUUGCUGAUCGGAAGGUCGGCGGUUCGAAUCCCUGUGACAGGGUGAGCUCCCGUUGCUCGGUACCAGCUCCUGCCAACCUAGCAGUUCGAAAGCACGUCAAAGUGCAAGUAGAUAAAUAGGUACCGCUCCGGCGGGAAGGUAAAUGGCGUUUCUGUGCACUGCUCUGGUUUCACCAGAAGCGGCUUAGUCAUGCUGGCCACAUGACCAGGAAAAACUGCCUGCGGACAAACGUUGGCUCCCUCGGCCAGUAAAGCGAGAUGAGCGCUGCAAGCCCAGAGCUGUUUGCAACCUGGACUUAACUGUCAGGGUCAUUUGCCUUUACCUUUAUACUUAAGUCAGAGUCAAUCUAGGAUCAGGCUGGCAUUUUAUUUUAAAAUAAUAACAACACAAAACCCCAAGCCUGUUGAUGCAGACAAAACAUAGCGUUUGGGAUAGGUUGACAAUAGAUUGCUUUUCCCUCCCUCUCCAUGCAGGCUGCUGAGAUCCAGUCUCGUUACAUUGAACUUCUUACAAAAUCAGGAGACUAUUACAAGUUUUUGAGUGAAAUGUUAAAGAGCUUGGAAGAUUUAAAGGUAAUAUCCCUCUUCAUUUAUGUAUUGUGAAUUGUCAGGUUCCUGGGUGCUUUGUAAAUAUUUUCGAUGCUGUUAAUAAGUCCUUCAUGCAAUAAUAAAUAACAUUCUAAGGCUACACUUCUACAAUGGAAACCAAAUUUUCUUGCUAUACACGGUUCAGCUUUUUUAGUCUUAAAUUUGAGGCGUGCAUUCAGCAGACUCCUACAAUACAGCUUUUUGUGGACUAGACCAGUUUAGACUGCAGAUAGAGCUGAUUCCUUGUUUGAAUACUGCUUCCCGUAAAACAAAUGCCGCUCCCUGCACAUUUAAAAAUGGGCAUAUUACGAAGAUUUUAGAGUAGCUUUCCUGGAUAUGUUAGUUGUUUAGGUGCAUGAGGCUUUUUUCCCCCAUGAGGCAUCCUUCAAGCAAGUGAUGGGCUCAUCUGCAGUUUGAAGUUGUAAUAGCUUAGAAUGAGCUGCUAUGAGAUGAUUUGUUGCCUGUGUAGAUUGAUUCCUAGUUAUUCCUGUUAUAGUAGAUGCAGGGUGGAUAAAAAAAAGUGAUUUUUUUUUUAAAUGAAAAAAAUCGGAUUUUUAAAAAUUUUAAUCAGAUUUUUUUAUUUAAAUUGGAUUUUUAAAAUAAAAUGCUUUUGAGGAAAAAAUCUUUCUAAAUACAAUUUUCUAUUUAAGUUACAUUAUACGCCAAAGGCUAGUCAUCAGGAAAUAAGGAUUUGUUUUAAGUUUUCCAUGAAACCUUCAUCUGGUUGUAAAUAUUAAGAUUAUACCAGCAAGAAUGAGUCUUUCUGUAAAAAAAGGAUUUAAAUCAAGUCUUACUGACUAGUGAUUUAAAUCAAUUUGAUUUAAAUCAAAUCCACCCUGAGUAGAUGAGAUUUUUCAUUUUAGCUUCAGUUGUCACUCCCUCAAGUUCAGGACCCCUGAAUUUGGUUUUGCCACCAGCUUUACAUAGGGCAUAACCUGAAUUUAAGCAUGGCUUUGGAUGCCCAGUCUUGGCCACUGAACACAUGAAGCAAUAAAAACAGGAAACUGAGAAUGUACAGAAUAAUGUUCAGUUGCCGUUAAGGAACCAGUUUUCCUUCACAUAUUGAGAUCAGCGUGCAGGGCAUCCAAGAGGGAGAAUAGUAUUUAGUGGCCGCUGUGAGCAUUAGCGCCUUCCCCUCUUUUUCCUUUUUGUAUAAAGUAGCCUGUUUGUGGACACCUGGUUUCUGUACAGUUGUUUUCUAUUUGGUCCAAUAUUGGUUCAGACAUGAUAUGUGAUCAACGAGUUUCUUUAUUUCAAGAAACAUUUUAUAUCAUGCCUUUAAAAAUGUUUUCCUAGGCUAACAGAUGUGUAAAAACCAGAAAAAUGAACCCCAGAGCUCUGGUUUAAGUCUGCUUUCAGAGCUUGACAUAGAGUAGCAUAUAUUCCUCCAGAUCCAAUGUUUUCUGGUGCACUAGGACUUUUGCACUGAAAACCAUGAAAUAUUAAAAAGGUCUCGUUGAGAAUGUUAAGAGUCUUGUCCAUUAUGGUUAACAAGAGAAUGUGAAGUUUUUUUAAAAAAAUGAAAUAAAACAACCAAACAGCAAAAAAGGCAUUUUAUUAAAAUUAGCUGUGGAGUGGUGAUUUUUUUUGGGGGUGUGUGUGAAUGAGUAGCAUGCUGUUGGUCAAAAAUGGUUGUGAUAGGUAAUUUUUAUCUUUCAUGCUUUCUGAAUCUGCAGAUGAAGAGCACCAAAAUAGAACUAUUGGAAGAAGAGCUGAGACUAGCCAGAGAUGCCAAUUCCGAUAACAGCAAUAAGCACAAAUUCCUGGAGCAAAACCUACAGAAGUACCAGUUGGAAAUUUCCCAGCUGAAGGCCAAACUGAUGGGUUUGGAAGAGAUGAAGAGGCAAGCAGAGUUGGAUGGUGGCUCUGCCAAACAAAACUUGGACAAGUGCUAUGCUCAAAUAAAAGAUCUGAAUGACAGAAUAACAAGGCUGACUUAUGAGAUUGAAGAUGAGAAGAGGAAAAGGAAGCUAUUGGAGGACAGAUAUGACCAGCAGAAGACUGACUUUGACCAACUGCAGAAGACAAGGCAGAAUGAGAAAGAAAGCCUUGGUUGGCAAAAGAUAGAAUCUGAGAAAGUCAUCAAGGAGAAGGAGUACGAGAUAGAAAGGUUAAGGGUGCUUCUCCAGGACGAGGGGAAUCGGAAGAGAGAAUAUGAGAAUGAGCUGGCUAAGGUAAGAAACCAGUUUAAUGAGGAGAUGAGUAAUAUAAAGAACAAGUAUGAAACCGAGAUUAACAUUAAGAAGACCACCAUCCACCAGAUAGCAUCCCAGAAAGAAGAUGAUGCCAAAAACCUCCGAGCCCAGAUCGAUAAGCUGCAGAGAGAGAACAGAGAUCUGAAGGAUGAGAUCAUCAGGCUCAAUGACAGCAUUUUGGAUGCUACAGAGCAGCGGAGGAGAGCAGAAGAAAAUAUUCUUCAGCAGAAGGCUUGCGGCUCGGAGGUGGCUCAGCAGAAGCAGCAGAUCGAGCUGGAGCUGAAACAGAUCAUUCAUCUGCGCAACGAAGACAACGCGAGGUACAAGCAAGCGCUUGAAGAUGCUGCUUUGACCAUCCAGGACAAAACCAAGGAGCUUGAAAGAGUAAAGAUUCAGCUGCAGGAAGAGGCUAAAAGCCGGUGGGAACUUGAGAAUGAAUUGGCUAAGGUAAGGAACAGUUAUGACGAGGAAAUUAUUAGUUUAAAGAACAAGUAUGAGACUGAGAUAAAUAUCACAAAGACCACAAUAAAUCAGGUGACACUGCAGAAGGAAGAGGAAUCCAGUAAUUACCGAGCACAGCUCGACAAUGUCGUGAGAGAAAAUAGGAGCUUAUGUGAGGAAAUUAGGAGACUGAAGAACACUAUAAGUCAGACAUCGGAGAACCUUAGACAAGUGGAAGAAAAUGCUCACCAGCAAAAAGCCAUUGGCUCUGAGAUCUCGCAAAAGAAGCAGCAGCUUGAGAUUGAGUUAAAACAGACUGUCCAGAAAUACUCUGAGGAGACCAUGCGUUACAAGCAGUCUCUUGACGAUGCUGGGAGGACAAUUAAGGACAAAAACAAAGAGAUUGAAAAGCUGAGAAAGUUGCUAGAAGCAGAAACAAACCAGAGGAAAUCUAUGGAGGAGGAGAAUAUCCGACUGCAAAGAGUCCAGUACGAUUUGGAGAAAGUAAACAUCAAUGCCACAGAGACCAUCAGCAGGUUGAAAGUCCAAGAGCAGGAACUGGGACGGCUAAAAAGCGAAUACGAGAGGCUUGCCCAGGACAAAAAAGGGAAAGAUCAAGAAAGCACAAGGCUGCAGGGCAACAUGAAAGAGCUGCAACAGCAGAAACGCAAGCUGGAGGAGGAGCUUAGUAGGCAGGCUAGAGCCAUAGGAGAAGAAACUGCCAAGAGGAAGGAAGUGGAAGCAGAGUUAGAAUCUAUGAGGAGGUCUUACAGAGAGCAAUCUGUCAAGAUCACAAACCUUACUCAGCAGAUAGAGGAGGUCUCGAUGGUCAAGAAAAGGAGUGAAGAUGACUUGAAGCACCAGAGAGAGGUGCUAGAUGGUCAGAUGAGGGAAAAGCAGAGAUACUUGGAGGAGAUAAGGAAGUACACUUCAGAGAUCGAAACCUUGCGCCGCCAGGUGGUCCAAGAGCAAGAGAAUCUAAAGCAAGCUCACAUGCGCAACGAGCACUUGCAAAAGGCUAUUGAGGACAAGAGCAAAAGCCUCAAUGAGUGCAAAAUAGAAAUCGAAAGGCUUCAGUCUCUUACCGAGAACCUUACAAAAGAACACUUGAUGUUAGAGGAAGAGCUGCGUAAUGUGAGAUUGGAGUAUGAUGAUCUAAGAAGGGGCAGAAGUGAAGUGGAUGAGGAAAAAAAUGCCACAAUUAUUGAACUUAAGAGUCAACUACAGACAAGCAGCAAGCAUACCCUGGAACUUCAGGGUCUGAUAAAUGGUUUACAGAAAGAAAGGGACAAUUUGAGACAGGAAAUUGAGAAAUUCCAAAAGCAGGCUAUGGAGGUAUUCACAAAUAUUUGAUCACAACUUUACUGUCCCUCAAAUAAUUCAACACCAAAUGCAUUUCCAACCAAUCAUUGGACCCUAAAUUUAUGUAUAUUGAUUUUAAUUGAUUCCUUUUUAAAUUUGAUAUAAAAAUUCCAACUGGCUUCUAAGUGCAGGUCUCUUACAGGCAUUUGAUUGGCCACUGUGAGAACAGAAUGCUGGACUAGAUUGGCCAUUGGCCUGAUCCUGCAGGCUAUUCUUAUGUUCUUAGCUGUAGGCCCAGAUUUGGGUCGCUUCUAGACUAGUGCAAAGGAGAUAUAAAUCUUACCUAGCAUCUGCUUUUGUUACCUUUGGUGCUUAAAAAAAUCUUUGGGUGAUAUUUCAUUCCAAUUGAAUUUAGCGUUUUACCUAUGGAAAAUUGGUCAGCUCUUCAUCAUCCUUAGGAAGGAGCAGGACUUUGAAGACCAGGCCAUAUUUCCAAAACCUGUUCUUACAGAAGCUACCCCCUGAAGUUCGGUUACUCUUGACAUCUCAACCCCCAAAGAGGGGUAUACAAUAUGUUAUUCAUGAAGUUGCAUAUUGGAGCUUAUCCUUAUCUCCUUUGCUUUGCUCAUUCUUUAUUUUGCUGUAGGGUAGUAUAUGUGUAUACAUAAAUACAUACAUGUAUACCUUAAAAAGUGUACAUAUGCAAAAGUGUAUACAUAGUUAUACUGGUGUUGUAUAUUUGGUAUACAUUUUAUUGCUGCUUAUGUACCUGUAUAUUGUCUAAAAUGCACAUUAUACAUAAUUAUAUAUGUGUGUUUGUAUGUGUGCAUGCUAUACAUGUCACUGCUUUCAUUUCUUUCUUAAAAAAAGAAAGAAAUCUAUGAGUCACAAUCCUGCACAGAGAAGAGCAUACUUAAGCCUAUUGACAUUGCCUCAAGUGUGCUUUCUUCUGUGUUGGAGUCUGCCCAUUUUGCCUAGUAGCUUGGGCUCAUAAUUUUCACGUAAAAUGAUAGUUAGGUUUCCCUGUCUUCGUUUACUAGGAGCAACCUAUCAGGCAUUGCUACAGUUCAGCCUCAAUUCAUAUCAAUUCACUCAUUGAAAUGAAUGUUUGCUGACCUAUAUUGGUUUGCUAGUGCAAGAUUGGUCCAAAAGCAGUAUUUUCCUCAGUGGGGUAUCGGUUUGCUCUCAUUGUGUCCCCCCCCCCCCCAACACCUGUAAUUCACACGCACAUUAUUAUCUAUGUACUUUUAUUCACUCAGAUUCAUCACAUAAGAUACGUGAUGGAACUUUAUCCAUUAGUAUAGUUGUAGUCUCAAAAUGAGCGCUUUCUUGAAAGAAGAAUCAGAUUGUGGAAUUAAAUAAUCAGAUUUUUAUUUUUUUUUGUUAAUGUGGGUAAAUCGGCUCCAGGUAAGACCAGUCUGGAUUUGAUGUCGUGAUACAUAUGUUUUGUAAACAGAGCAAGAUGAAGGUCCCCUUUCAGUAGACGCAAGAUUUUAUCAGAGGCAGUACUGAAAUGCAGGCAUCCCAAAUUACUUAGCUUCUGCUAGACUGCUGUCAAAAUUAAGACUGUAUGUCGUAUAUAUGUACAGGUGGGAAAGGGAAAAUAUUAAGCACUGACAGUACAAUCCACCCCAAGCUAAGUAUUUUUAAUUCCUGUUGAUUUCAAAGGGAAGAGAUAGGAUUGUGCUGUAUGCACAAGGCUGCAGUCCUAUGCACGCUUGCCUGGGAGUAAUCCCCAUUUAAUUCUGUGGGUCUUACUUCUGAGUAGACUUGUAUAGGACUGCGCUGUUAAACACGUGCUUAAUCUUUCCACUGAAACUGGCAGGACCCCAAUGUGCUGGGUCAUGCCCCAGACUCUCUUGUUAGAAUUAUUUUUAGCCCAUUUCUAUCAGUGUGCUAUCCUGUAUUAAUAAAACAAAUCCACAGCUGUAUCCAAAACAUCAGAUUUAUUACUCAGGGCCACAGUUACCCAGUACCCCUUGCAGGAUAGGUUGAAAUAUAGGGAAUAUAGGAUGUUAAGAAGAGGCACUAAUUUUCUCCUUGUUUAUUUCUUUCUUUAAAAAACCCCAUAGACAUCCCAUAGGAUCCAAGAAUCCAAAUCCCAGUAUACUCAUAUUAUGCAGGAACGAGAAGCGCUGCUGAUAAAAAUUAAUGCCUUGGAACAAGACAAAGCAAGGUUGCUGAGGUUGGAGGAAGAGCUGAAUCGGGCCAAAGGUACACUGGAGUCAGAAUCCCGCUUGAAAAUGCGGCUGGAGAAUGAGAAGCAGCAAAUCCUGAACGACUUAAAUCAGUGGAAGAGCCAGUAUUCCCGGAAGGAAGAGACAAUCAGGAAGAUUGAGUCUGAGCGAGAUAAGAGCGAGAGGGAGAAGAGUGCCUUGCUGAUAGAAAUUGAGAGGCUGCAGGCAGAGAUGAAGAGAAUCGAAGAAAGGUACCGCAGCCGCUUGGAAGAGACAAGCAGAAAGAGCCAGUCGGAGAUGGAGGCUGAGCGCCUGAGGCUGCAAAGGGAAAUUGAGAAACUGAAGCAGCGCCCAUAUGUGGCCAACAGAGUCACCCAGACAGAAGAUGACUUUGCCAUCGACCCUUCCAAAUUACUCUUCAAUGGCCUGCGGAAAAAAAUAACUGCUGUCCAGCUGUACGAAUGCCAGCUGAUAGACAAGUCCACCCUGGAUAAGCUGCUGAGGGGCCAGAAGUCCGUGGAGGAAGUUGCUGCUGAUCUCGAACCCUAUCUCAGAGGAGCUGGGGCUAUAGCUGGGGCUUCUCUUAGCCCUAAGGACAAGUAUUCCCUGGUGGAGGCUAAACGGAAGCAGCUUCUCAGCCCAGAGAACACCGUCUUCCUUUUGGAAGCCCAGGCAGCCACCGGAGGUGUGAUUGACCCCCACCGCAACGAACUUCUCAGCGUGGACAGUGCAGUUGCUAGAGAUCUGAUCGAUUUUGAUGACCGGGAGCAAAUCUACACCGCUGAAAAGGCUAUCACCGGAUUUAAAGAUCCCUUCUCAGGGAAAACCGUGCCUGUGGCACAAGCCAUCGGUAAACAGCUUAUCGACAGGGAGACCGGGAUACGUCUCCUUGAAGCUCAGUUGGCUGCGGGAGGAAUCGUUGACCCCAUCAACAGUGUGUUCUUGCCGAAAGACAUCGCUUUAGCUCGUGGGCUGAUUGAUCGAGACCUGGUCAGAUCCUUGAACCAACCUCAGAGUUUAAAUAACUUAAUUGACCCGAUCACCAAGAAGGCCAUAAGUUACACGAAGCUGAGGGCGAAAUGCAGAAUCGAACCACACACUGGUUUGCUCCUCCUUCCCGUGCAGAAGAGAAGCAUGUCAUUCCAAGGCAUCAGGAAGCCCAUUGACAUUUCUGAGUUAGUAGACUCUGGCAUCAUUCGGGAGUCGACGGCAAAUGAUCUGGAAAGUGGAGUAAUCACGGUUGAAGAAGUCAGCGACCGAAUCAAAGAUUUCCUCCAGGGCUCCAGCUGCAUAGCUGGCAUUUAUAACGAGGCCACCAGAGAGAAGCUUGGCAUUUACCAGGCCAUGAAAAUAGGUUUGGUUAGACCAGGAACAGCUCUUGAGCUUCUGGAAGCCCAGGCAGCCACUGGAUUUGUUGUGGACCCUGUGAACAAUUCACGACACACGGUGGAAGAAGCUUACAAAAGAGGCCUAGUUGGAAUAGAAUUUAAAGAAAAACUCCUGUCUGCUGAAAGAGCAGUCACUGGGUACAAAGAUCCAGAAACAGGAAACAUCAUCUCCUUGUUCCAAGCAAUGAACAAGGAACUCAUUGAGAGAGGCCACGGGAUUCGUUUGUUGGAGGCCCAGAUAGCCACUGGUGGGAUCAUCGACCCGAAGGAAAGUCAUCGGUUGCCAGUCGGCACGGCAUACCAACGUGGCUACUUCGACAAAGAGCUGAAUAACAUUCUCUCUGAUCCCAGUGACGAUACCAAAGGCUUUUUUGACCCCAACACAGAAGAAAACCUGACCUACUUGCAGUUGAAAGAAAGGUGCAUAGUCGAUGAAGGAAGUGGGCUCUGUCUCCUGCCCCUGAGAGAGAAGAAGAAAGUGGUGCAGACUUCGCAAAAAAACACCCUCAGGAAGCGCAGGGUCGUCAUCGUAGAUCCAGACACAAAUAAGGAAAUGUCGGUCCAGGAAGCGUACAAUAAAGGCCUCAUAGACUAUGACACUUACCUGGAGCUUUCUGACCAGGAAUGCGAAUGGGAAGAAAUCACUAUAACAGGUUCAGAUGGGAGCACAAGAGUAGUGCUUGUUGACAGGAAAACGGGCCACCAGUAUGACAUCCAGGACGCCAUUGACAAAGGCCUUGUGGACAAGAAAUUUUUUGAGCAAUACCGUUCCGGGUCAUUAAGCCUCACUCAGUUUGCGGACAUGAUUGCUUGCAGGAAUGGCGGUGAUGAAGUUUUCAGACACGAGUCCACUCGUUCUCCUACGGUACUGAGUAUCAAGAGUUCAUCUAUCAAGCUAAAGAGCAGUUCGGGCUCCGGCUCCGGCUCCUUUUCUGAGUCCCUCGAGGAAACGAGUCCAAUCGCAGCCAUAUUUGACACAGAAAAUUUGGAGAAGAUCUCCAUUUCAGAAGCCGUGCAACGGGGCAUUGUUGACAGCAUUACUGCCCAGCGUUUGCUGGAAGCCCAAGCUUGCACGGGAGGCAUAAUAUGCCCUGUCACAGGACAGCGGCUUUCCCUUCAGGAAGCAGUCGCCCAAGGCCUCAUUGACCAUGAGAUGUCGACACGGCUGAAGCCAGCUCAUAAAGCCUUCAUAGGGUUUGAAGGCAUCAAGGGCCGAAACAGAAUGUCAGCCGCAGAGGCUGUGAAGGAAAAGUGGCUUCCUUAUGAGGCUGGCCAGCGCUUCCUUGAGUUUCAGUUUAUCACCGGAGGUCUCAUUGACCCCGAAGUUCGUGGGAGAAUAAGUACCGAAGAAGCCAUUCGAAAAGGGCUGAUUGAUGGCCGGACAGCCCAGAGGUUACAAGACACCAGCAACUAUGCGAAGAUUUUGACCUGUCCCAAAACAAAGCUGAAAAUCUCCUUCAGAGAUGCAAUGAAUCGUUCGAUGGUGGAAGAUAUAACUGGGCUUCGGUUACUGGAAGCUUCUUCGGUUUCAUCCAAAGGCAUCUCCAGCCCAUACAAUGUCUCUUCGGCACCAGGCUCGCGCAGUGGAUCACGCAGUGGAUCCCGCUCAGGCUCGCGCAGUGGAUCCAGGAGAGGAAGCUUUGAUGCAAACACGAAUGCCUCGUAUACUUAUUCCUAUACAACCGUCAGCAGCAGCAGCUCGCUUGGGCGCUAGUCAUUAGCUAGCUAGCCUAUCUGAAUUUAGCACUGGAAGCAUCUGCUGGGAUCUGUAUUCCUUCUUUGUUUUAACAAACAGAAAGAACUGGUUGUUGGUGAUAUUAGCACUUGCUUAGGUGAAAUAGUUAAGCUGCAGAAUAGACGCCAAACCCAAAUGCCUAUAAAAUAAAUCUUUCUGGAUGGGAUGCUGUGCUUCUCAAUACAUGUAUAUAUAUAUACAACUCACAUGCAUGUGUGCAUGCUUUCUAAAUGUCUUGGGUGCAGACUUCUCAUAGUAAAUGGAGAAGGCAAGUUCUCUCUGAUGUUGGUGUGCAUCUUUCCUCAUGUAUUUAGCAUUUGCUUUUGUUCCCUUCAAAUAGUCAUGCAUGGCCACAAACUAUUAUCCCAGGCUUCAUAUUGGUUUUUUUUUAUCAGUGUUGAUGUUUUUAAAGCCACUUUUUUAUCAAUGUGGAUGUUGCACUGCACAACGGUGAUGGUCUGAAAAUCCUCUCCAACAAAUGUUAUACCCAAUUGUGCUAUGCUGUAUUCUCAUUUGGUCACACUGCUUUUAUUAGGGCAGAUUUAUUAGAAUGUGCUUUUUCUUUUCCUGUGGCCAAACAUUUCUAUUCAUUUUUUGCUUGCUUGUAACCCGGGUAAUACCAUGCAGGCCCAUCUGUGUAACAUUUACUAUUCUGGCAAUAAAAAAAAUAAUUAACCACCUUUGA